GUUGCAGAAAGGCAUGAUGUUAUCUUGAAGUUGAGGUCAGAAGUAUCUUCCUUGGACGAUAAACACCGAGAGGCUGUUGCCCAGGUAACACUUGAUUGAAGUCAAAGUAAAUGCAAAAAUUUAGCAGCCUGUUCGUUUGAAGAUAUUUUUUAUUUCCUUUCUUGGUUCUUUAUUUUCCCUUCAGGCCAGCUGGAGAGAUGAAGGACUGUUUUAGGGGUCCAAUUUCUCCUAUUUGCAGAAUCAUUUGCAAAUGAGCAAGAACAAUAGAUUUUGCUAAUUAGCACUUAGAUUUUUCCAGGUGUUUAGUACAGUUGCUUGUUGCAGAGUUACUUUGAUAUGUAUAACCUUCAAAUUUCGAGAUGAAGCAAAAUAAAGGCACGACUUUGCGUCGCCCUCUCGGGCCAGGUCCCCCCGCGCGAGCCUAAUCCAAAUCGAGGCUGAAUGUUGAAAAUUGCUCAAAGUAAAAUUUUGAAAGUUUUAAAAAUAACUCUUCCGAAUAUAUGCACCCACACUGGUAACAGUAAAUUGAUAUAGUCUCUCUGAGUAAAAAUCCCCCAGGGGGUUAUAUUAGAGAUCGGUCCUCAAGUAAAAAAAAAAAUUCAUUGUUGUAGAAACUAUCACCGACGAGCCCGGAUGAGAAUUUGUAAAAUAAAUUUCCAUAGAUUUGCAACAACCUUAUGAUCUACAAUAUGAACUAUAAACUGACGUAUUAGCUAUAAAUCUGGUUUACCAUAUGUUGAAUGGUUCCUGAUCUCUCGUCUUUGCUAUCGUUGACUAUUACUGUUGUUAUUGUUUUGCCAUUUAUGAGGUACGGUACUUUGUUUUCAAUAAAAUUAUUGCUGGUCUGUUAGAAAUCAUGCCCCAAUAUUAAACAAUUAUUGGAUGAGGUUUUGAUAAUACCCGGAAUAAUCCCACUUACCGGGACCUUGGUUAUUCCGGACGCAAAAAAAAACAAUCUAACCCUAAUAACUUUUUUUUUUUUAAUUAAAUACAUUAUUUUCAAGAAAAUAAAAAACACAAUGUCACACGAAAGACAGUUUAACAUUGCGCUUGGAAAUCAUGGAUUGUGCGCGCAACCUACAGAUUUGUCAGCUAUCUGCUAGCAGAUAACCAGCUAAUCUGUAGGUUACACUGAUUUCUAAAAUUAACUACAAGCUCUUAGCAAAUGAGAAGGACGAUAGUGAGUACAAUAUUAUGUGAUAAAAUUUACGCUUUGAAGAUUACUGACACAAAUAUCCUCCCGAUUUUAAAACGCAAAUAUUCUUCCUCCCUUGAAAAUAUAAGCCCCAGGGACUGUUUUGACUCUUCUGUAGAAAGUAUGUUAUAAGAAAGACUGCAAAGUGGUCUAUUUAUUGUCGUUGCAAAGGCCCAGUUUUACUUUAAAUUCUGCGCUUGAUUUAUCACAGACCAUUACGUUUCAACGCCCCAGCCGCCAUUAUCAUUCUGAACAUAAUAGUUCUAUUGUCGAGUCCGCGUCGCUUUGGGAAAUUUAUUGUUUCUAAUUUUUAAUGGCCGAGAGAACAUCUGUAUUGUUUGCAUAAUUUUCUGCACCGAGAUAGCGUCCCUUGAAACGCGUAUCAGCGGACUUCGAAGUUUGCGGAAGGAUUGUCGGGUUUUGUUUGUUUGUUCCCUGUGAGUUGGCUAAGCUGUAAUGGUGUUUUAAACUGGUUUGUUUUUUCUCUUUUGAAAAGGCCGUGAUAGAGAAAAGCAAGGUAUUUUAUUAAUUUAUCCGUCCGUUCACUCUGGUGAUUGCGACCGCGACCGCGACCACGACUUUGAGAAGUCUAAAUAGAACUGUAAACAAACUUUCUUUGAAGGUUCUUGCAGUCAAGUAGUUUUCUCAUUUGGCCCAGCUAUGUGAUAAGUUUGUCUCUAACAUGGAUGUUUUGUAUUGAUGGUUUGUACAAGAAUAGCGACCCUAAUAUCAUUGACAGGCAAACGCUAGUAGACUAAAGAUUUGCAAAAGAUAAUGUUGUGUCAGCUGUUGCAUUGUUGAUUGAAAAGUUCUUCAUGGUUCUUCGUCAAUCAAGCAGAUGUAACAUUUGUCAUAAUUUUUCUUUCAAGUAUACGAUGUUUGUAACAAGUGUUUAUUAUAUUUUACAGCUAUCUCAUCGAAAUAAUGUGAUUCAGAAACUGCGGAACCAAAACAAAGAAAUGACAGAUACGGUAUGACUUAUUCUAUUUUUAUUUGGUUAACGUUCUAAUAACGAACAACAAAGAUUGAAUGGGAUUUUUAUGUUUACAGACCAGUCACUUGUUUGUCAUUUAUCUGUAAUUAUUCUUUAUAUUUAGCAUGCACUCGAUUGUAAAUACAGUUGACGCUUUUUAAUUCUUUCGAUUUGUCCAUAGUGACAAUUGCAUUACAAUUCUAGGAUUUGCAAUUUAAAUACUAAUCCUUCACUUCUCUUAAACAAGCUUGAAAUGCGUAACAUCCAAUACGAUAUUCAUUGAACCCUACAUUCACCAGUGAUACAAGAGUUUACGUAAACUUCACCUCUGUAAAGUUCACGGAAGUUAAAUUCUGUUCCUUUUCUUAGGAUGGUUUAAACUCUAGUUGGUAUAAUUUAAAAAUGGUGUUUUAUGUUUUUUAGAUCGAGGAAUACAGCCGCAAACAAGCAGAGCUUGAGAGUAAACUUAAUGUCACUACUAAAAGAGUAAGUGAUUAUAAGAAAUCAGAAAUUCUACAGCCAUUUUGUCAAGGGGCGGUGGAGAACUGGGGCGAAGCGCUUGUAACGAGGGAGGUGAUUGUGUCGAAGCUGAUUCUGUUAUCCUUGUUUUUGUAGCUCUCCGACUUGGAAAAUCGCUUAGAGCGGAGUCAAAUCAGCAGCUUGGAAAAGUCAGAUCAUCUGGGAAAAGUGGUAGAGUAUAUAAACAGCAACCUCUUAAGACAGAUUUACAUGCCGUUGCCACGAUGGCAGCAUACCGCGCAGGGCUUUUCCCGUCCCAGUUUACAAGGAGAAAGCACUGACAACGAGGUUGCAACGGUCGGUUAAGCAACUAGCCUCCAACGCAGACAUUUUUAGGGCUCUGUAACGCAACGUGAGCCGGGAGUGCAUGAGCUAUGAACGUCUGCAUGGGAGGCAAUCAUACAGUCGAACCUCCGUAGUAAGGUCACUAAAUGAACAAAGUCAAGUGGUCGUAUUAUUAAUGUAGAGAUUGGAGAGAUUCGGCUGUUUAGAAUUGCAGACUCUCAGGGAUUGUUAUCGUUCCGAUCACUGAAAAGUGGUUUAUUUGCAACUUUUACGACGUUUAGACUUUCUGUCAGCGACCCUCUGGGUGCUAUUCCUUAUCUGUAGUUUUUCAGGCUUUCUUUUCGCAACUGUAUAACUUGCGUCUUAACCUGCAUUGAUCUCCCUUGCAUUUUUCUUCAGUCCGCGGUUCCAAUAUAUGAAUUUCACAUAUCAUUCAUUACAUUUACGGUUUUGUUUCACAGGUUGAAGGCAAAGACUCAGAAUUGCGUGAACUGAAGUCCAAGCUAUCAAGUCUGCAAGAUCAGCAUGAACAAGCCCAGUCUAAGGUGCGAGCCCAUUUCCGCCUUUUUUCUUUUGUAAGCACGCCUUGCUGUUACCGUGGUGUAUGGAGACCCAACUGAGAUGGGGUCAUAACUCUUACGUUCGACAUAAAGAUUUACGAAAAAGACCCCUGUCUUUCGUGGUCACUCUUUCUUGCAACUUGGGAAUAUUUUUAAUAGACGUUUUUACCGAUACGGCGGCAAUAUUGAAUUAAUUCGAUUUAAGGAGUAUUAUAGGAUGCCUAGGGGGCAUGAGCACAUUUCGUUUGUAUUUUCGAGCGCUUUUCGGGGCAUCUUUUCUUAAACUUUUGUUAGAAUAAGAUUGUAAUGGGAAAAAAGAUCCUUGUGCCGAGGUUAGAUGUAAUAAUGAUCGCCUUUUUCUAGUUUAGUAUUAGAAAUAUGGUGUUUCACUGUAUAUUUCUCGGGAAAAAGGCGAUCAUUAAUUAUUACAUCAAAACACGGCACAAGGAUCUUUUUUCCCAUUACAAUCUUAUUCUAACAAAACUUUAAGAAAAAAUGCCCCGAAAAGCGCUCGAAAAUACGAACGAAAUGUGCUCAUGCCCCCUGGGCAUCCUAUAAAACUCCUUAAAUCGAAUUAAUUCAAUAUGGCCGCCGUAUCGGUAAAAAGGUCUAUUCCCCACUUCAUAAAUUUCAGGGAGAAUGGGUACAAACUUUAGGCGCAAUGAUUUCUGGGAUCUUUAGGGUAGACAAGCGUUAGUUAUGAUUGGCCGAUGACCGAUGGUAUUCAAGGCGACCAUGAACCAAUCAUUUGUAAAGCUUGUCCACCCAGAUUCCAGACAUCGUUGCGCUGAAAGCUUGAACUCGUUGAUUCCCCUUAUAAUUUCUGGAGUUGGGAAUUCCGUCUUUAAGGAUCAUAGCUUUCUGUUGACGAGGCCGUCGUGUAACUUGACGUGUUACUUAAAAUCGUUUAAAAAACAACAACCAACCAACCAUUGUAUUUGCUAACUUAAAUAACGUUUACAAAAAUAGAACUGCCCAGAAUAACAGUGAACAAAACUGGAGCCAUACCGCUAUUACUGUGUCUUUUGUAGCCUUAAGAAUCUGUAAUGCUGUUUUUGUUGGUUUAUUGUGUUUGAUUGUCCGUUUUGCCUUAAUGAGAAAAAAAGGAAACAGAUAUCGCUUGUUCAUUUUGCGACAUUCCUCGACGCUACCUCUGGUUUCCCCGCGAAAUGACGUCCGAGAAACGACUUCAGAAAUUCCAUGCUGAUGACAUGUUACUACCCAGAUCUGGGUUGUGCUUCUGAUUGGUUGGCCGCUAGAGAAAUUUGCCUCAACCAAUGAGAAGUACUAUUCAGAUCUGGGUAGUGACUCGUCAUCAGUAUAUAAUUUCUGCAGUCGUUUCUCAGACGUCAUUUCGCGGUGAAACCAGUUGUGACGUCGCGAAAUGUCGGCUUAUUUCUCAGGAUUGUUCAUAGCAAUUAAACAGCAAGAUGUAAGCUGGGUGGCAAACGCUUUGAUAUGAAAAUAAUCUUAUGACGUGACUUUUCAUGUGUAUUUUUAUUUCAAGAUAAAGUUAUUCGUUUACACCCUUAAUCAAAUUUCCUGGAAUUGAGUCCAUAGCGUUGCAGUUGUUUUUCCAUAUUACUGAAAUAAAUAAAAGAAACUGAGUUACUUAUGCAUUUCCCUUUUGUGUUUAAAGGUAUCUCACCGCGAAGAAGCCCUUCAAAGGCUACAAGUUCAACAAAAAGACUUUGUCGAGGAGGUAAAUAUUAAUCAUUAUCUUCUAGUCAUUGUCUUGUCUUUUACAGGCUGUCACUAAGAUUUGAAGUUGUUGAGUAAAUACAACAAGUACUGUAGAGCCGGUGGCCGGAGGGUGAAACAGUUAGGGAUUUCUUUUGAAUCUCUUGUUCUUCUAUUUUUCAAUGCAAGUAGCCGGGGGAAAUCCAUGGCCCUCGGCCCUUAAUGACAGCCCCGCUUCCACGUAACUUUUACACGGGUCUUAAAGCCGUUGUCAGGCAGGGAUGGGAGGUCAUCUUCAUACCUGUUCAUGAAGGGUACCGUAAAUCCUCUCAAACCCAGUUGAAGGGGGGGGGGGGGGGGGGGGUAAUGGGGACGGGGGGGUUUUUUAUUUUGGGGAAGAGAGGGUGAUAGGUGUUCUGAAAAAACUUCAAAAAAAAAUGGGAAAAAAACAAGAAAAGGGUGGGGGAACACGCGGCGAGGGGCACAAAAGGAGAGUUGAGAGGAGGGUAGGAACCGAGGUGGACGAGGGGGGUGGGGGGGGGGGGGAGGGGGGGUAUUAAUUGGGAACGGGGGCUUAUUUAAUUUGGAGAAGACGAUGGUAUCAGUUCUCGAUAAAGAUCUACAAUACAAUCUGGAAAAGCUCAAGUACAAGGUUGGAGAUCACGCAGCCGAGGAUCACAAUGAAAUCCGAACUUCCAGUUGGUAUAUAACCAUCCCGGAUCAGUCCGCACGAAGGUUAUAGUCGUGAUUGAUUAAUACAUAUUGGUAUCAAAGGUCCUCGUGGUAUCCGUUCAGUUUUUGUCCGUUUAGAUGGUUCAUAAUCUUCCUUUAAAGGUUAUUAUCGCUGUUGCUGCUUAUAUGUGCUUUUUUAUUCACCUCACUUUCUUUUUCGUUUCUCAGGUUGCUCGUCGCGAGAAAGCCAUUCAAAAACUCGAACUUGAGCUUUUAACAGCUCAAGAAAACCAUCGAAGGGCGCUUGAUGACGUAAGAAAUCGUUUCAUUUUUAACAUAGACUUACGUAGAAUUGUUUAUGAUUAUUAUGGUGAUGAUGAAGACGACGACGACGACGAUGAUGAUGAUGAUGAUGAUGAUGAUGAUGAUGAUGAUAACGAUUAUUAUUAUUAUUUGUGGUUGACAGAUCACUAGACGUGACGACACGAUUCAGCAGUUGGAGGGAGAUUUGGAAACGAGUAGAAAACAACUCAAAGAUGCGAUUGAAGAGGUAAACUUCCGAAGUCGAAGAGCUGUAGUAUUACAGACUUCAAAGUUCAUUUGAUGAUCAACUGCUAUUAACCCAUAAGAAAAGCUCGCAUUUGGUUUCAAACCCACCCCUUUACUUACACAUAUAUCUUAUUCCCUCUAGAAAGGAAGGCUGGAAGCAAAGGUUCAAGCUUACAAAAUUUCCACCCAGAGCGAGCAGGACGUUCUUGCAGAAGAGGUUUGUUGUUUCUCGUCUUUCCUUUCUUUGCGUUCCUUUCUCCAAACCUGCAGCAAACUUACGUUUGGAAGCCUUCAGUCCCCUCCUCUGUUCACUUCUUUUCUUCUCUAUCGCUCGCGUUUUCCUUUUCCUGUUAAUAAAUUGAAUUCUAAUGCUUUGCCCUUCCAGGUCGCCAAACGAGAAGAAGCUAUUCAUAAACUUAAGAUUGAGAAGUUAGCCCUUCAAGAACAGCAACAAAAGGCUGAAGACAAUGUAAACAUUUGAUUUUUGUCAGAACAUUACAUGUAGCUAUGGGAUUUUUCUACGUUUGUACAAGUCUAAUCAGCUUAUUCAUUUAUUGUUUGGUCUCAAUUUGGACACGGUCGAGUUUACAGAGCAUAUUAAAUACCGUAGUCCCCGAUUAACGUUGGUUUACAUUGCGUCACUAAUUUUAACUAAAAGGGCCUUCAGUUAACGUUUCUACCAUUAACAAACUUUUAUAAAAGGUUUUGGGUUAAUUGUUUAAAUCACAAGCUCUAGAAGGUGCCACUGUCCAGUUUUAUACAGUCAAACUUGCCAAAUUCUCUAGUUUUAUCAGUUUUUAAUCGUUUACCAUUUUCGUCGAAAAUGACACAAAGGACCCAAGCGUGGUCAAAUAACCUAGGGAUAAUUUUUCUUUUUUUUAGGUUCGAGAACAUGAACGCUCUGUAGAACGACUUCGACAGCAGUAUGAAGAUUGCCUUCAAGAUGUAAGUACAAAACUAUAGAUAAGGCCAAGCUGAAUGACAUGAAGUCCAAAUCUGAAGAAUACACUGAUAAGGUCUCACGUCGCUUUUUUAUUCUUUUCUGCUUUUCUUCUUCGCAAUGGUAGCUUCCGGUUCCAGGGCUUGCUCGUAUGGCCGAAAAAAACAAGAAGCGCAAGGUGUCAUGGGAAACCAUUAACAGGGGAAAACCGGAAAAUCCAGUUGGAAAAUCAAUGGUUCGCUUCAUUCCGUUUAGAACUAACUUCAAAAAUCGUGGACUGUGAUUUAACGCGAUGCAAUUUUCUGCUCUCUUUAGUCUGUUCAGCUGAUUUGGAUUUACUUUGUAGCGAGUCAUUCUCCCAAUGCGUCAAAUGUCAUGUUUUUGCACAAGAUUUCCACCCGGGUGGUUUGUGUAAAUGGUAAGCACCCCCAGGACACCUCGCGCACCUCCGCGCCGGGCGCAAUCUAGGAAUAAGCAGGGACGCCUGGAAACGAAGUCGCCGGUCCAGAGACCGCUUAUAAAACUCUCUAGUGGUUUGACCAUCCCUGACUUCACGGCCAGUGUUCUCUAGAGCUAGAGAAGUUCCACCAAAUAGACGUUAGCGUGUUUUACCAAAGUCCGAAUGUCAUUUACGUCAGUCUAAAUCUAAAUUUCUCUGGGUUUCUCAAGUUCCAGAGCAUGCGACCCAGUUGGCCUGAACUUAACGAGCAGUGUUAAAUUGAAUCUGAAUUGUGAUGGCUACUCAGAAAAAUAGCACGAUUUAAGCUAAAAAAAAAACUACAGCAUUUGGAGGGGUGCUUAGUGUUUAGAAUCAUUUUAGGUAGGUUUCUAUAAACAGUUGGGGGCUGAGUGAUAUUUUAUUUCUUUAUUAUUGUUAUUAUUGUCUUUAUAAUUUUAGCAAAUUGACUUGCUUGGAUUUUGUCCCUUAGCUCGAACAUUACGAAGACAGCAUCCGGGAACUUAACCUGAAAAUGACGUCACUACAAGGUGACCGGGAUCAGAAAGAGCACGAGGUAAGCUAGUCGCCUUUUUUUGUUGUUGUUUUUGCUCCCGCGCUUUGCACGUGUCACUCAUCCUGAAUAUUUAAGUAGAAAAAUGCGUUUAUCUUGAACGUUUUUCUUAGUCUGAUUUCGUAACGAUCUUGAUUUUUCAGAGGCAAAUGUCACAGAACCUUUUUCAAUUGAAAUAGCCCACUUUUGGUAUAUUAAGAUUCUAAGAUGACUCCGUGAUUUAGGGUCAAAAUUGCAAAUUUUUCACGACUCCAUUGUCUCGCAAUUACCAAAAGAGACUUUAGCUCAAAGAAAACCAAACCAUAUAUAGAAAAAUGUCCAGAAAGCCUCGGAGUCAUAUCGAACGUGGGCUAUUGUAAAGCCCCAGGGAAAAAAAAAUUACCCAGUAUACGCUCGAUCGUGGCCUCUUGAAUUUAUACUUUUAUACUCUCAAGGAGCCCAAUAUUUAUAACCCUCAUGGUUUGUUUUUGGGUUUCCUCACUGAAAAACCGUAGGUGAUUUGAACAAUUCCUUUUCAAAUUGUGUCGUUGUUUUUGUUUGUUUUUGGGUUUCCUCAGCACAUUUAUUUGCCUCCGUUUUCCAGUAUUCUUGUCCUUUGUUUUUGUGGUAAAAAUAAACUAAAAAAACUGAAAACCAUAGGUGAUUUGAAACAAUUCCUUUUCAAAUUUUGUUGUUGUUGUUGUUGUUUAUUUGCUUGUUGGAUUGAUCGAUUGUUUGAUUGAUUGAUUUUACAAAGCCAACAAAACUUUAUUGGAUAUAACUUCCCAACCUACGGAACCUUGAAUCUUCUUCGUAGGUUUUCGCAAUCUUUUUAGCCAUCUGGAUAUCCUGGCCGCAUUAUUAGAAACAAAACGUGUGCAUUGAUAUAUUAUAUUAUUACUUGUUAUGUAGGCUAACAUGAAAGAGGAUAUCAUUCAGAAUCUGGCUUCAGAGAUGGACGAGUUACAAGAACAACACAGAGAUGUUUUGGCCAAGGUAGUAUCCUCGCAUUGUCUCUAUAGUUACAAAUCACAAGUACAAGUGUGUUUUUUAGCUGAGUGCGUAGACCCGAAAUCGAUGAAAUAACGCUGGCCAGUCAAAGUAGAUGGAGACAAGCGAAUGAACCAAUCAGAUCUCGAAACACUUGAACCUGACACCAAGCGCGGGAAAGCGCUUGCGAAGAAGUUGCCAUUGGUUUUGGUUUAAUUCUUGAUUAGUUGAAAACUGAUUGGUACGGAAAUGUUGAGUCAAUCAAAACGAAAACAAUCACAAAAUUAUGUUCAAUAUUUAACUUUUCGAAAAAACUGAAAUUCUUUGUCUUAAUUGGCUGUGUCUUCUCCCAUUCUCCUAGAUGUCCAAGAGGGAUGAAAUGAUCGAUCGUCUGAAAUCAGAAACAACUUAUCUAAAGGAGCAACAGCGUGACAAAGAGCGAGAGGUAUUUUCACUUAUAUCAAUCAACACGAAACGUGGUUCGUUAUAGUAGCGAGUUUUAGCAACGACGACGGCGACGGCAAAGAGAACUUCGAAAAAGCAAGAGGUUUAGAUUAGCAAAGCAAAAAUUCUGCACGUGCAUCACGCUGUUUUGUACAUUUCUUUGCCGCCACUGCAUGACUACGACGUGAAAUUUCAUGUUUUAAGGAGGACGUAAAGAAGCGACGAUGUAUUUUUCUUUCUCUAUUUAAACUUGAGUUCGGUCCCAAAAGAACACCUCCAGGAAAAUUGGCCUACAUUUGACAUUUUCGGCGAAUUGGAAUAAAGGCGACAAAGUUCAUUUUAAAAGUGACGUUUUCGCUUCCGUCGCCGUCGUCGAUGCUAAAGCUCCCUAGUGUCCCUCCAAUACCGCGCGUUCAAUACUUUAAAUCUCACCACAUGCUUACGUCUAACCUUGUGGCUCCGCUUUCGGUUAGAGCACUGAAGAUCUUACAGUUGCGCGUGGGACUGGCCGGUCGGUGUUGCGUCCAGUUGCAUUAUGGGCAUCCUUUGGGUAACAAAUUUUGACCCAGCUUCCUUUGCAACUUCUUUACAGCCAAUGAAUCAUGCAAGUACUGGGUUAGAAACAUUAUGCUAGAAAAUUUGAACAUUAUUCUUUGGAGCGUCACCCUCAAAACCUCAGCAUUAUACCUAAAACUAGACUCGAAAAGUAGCAGAUGCUCGACUGAUCUUGGCUAUAUUUGAUGCCCUUUUCCAUGCCUGCUGACAGAAAAAUACCUCCAUAAGCCUGAAACACAAUAUCGUAUUGCAUCAAUUACAAAUUUCCAAAGAGUGAACGACGAGUAAUGCUCAAAAGCACUCGAAAUGUCUUCUCUCAAAGGAAGUCUCCAUCUUUAGGAUACUCUCUGAUCAGUUUGCAGCCUCGCAUGAUGAUGCAAAGGCACAACUAGGCCUUGAAAGUAGCAACCAAGCAGAUUUCUAGGCAUUGCAAUGCUGUGAAAACCAAAGCAAGCGAUUUCUAGAGUUCAUUCCACUUAUUCGUAUUCCGGAGUACUGUCAAUCGAACACGCCCUUAGUUGUCCCCUCAUCCCCUAUAACGACUGACGUAACAAUCAACAACUUCUGUGAAAACUGUUAGUCUUUAUUGCACGUAACCUUCUGGGUUUAAUUCUUAUUCUCCUCUUUCUAGAUAUCUCAGCAGCUGGACGUAAUAAGCCGGCUUGAGCGUGACUUGAGUGAAAGCAGUCGUGAUCUGGAAAACUUGAAUGAGAAAGCAUCUGAGGAUGUGAGUGAAAAGGAAGGCGAACCCUUCUUAAAUAACAAUACUUACUUCCAGGAUUAGAGUCUGAUUCUGCUGCCCCGGAACGCACAAAUCCCGCUUACACAUCCUUUACGAAAACAUAAACUCUUUAUAGGGGAUUACAUCCCUUAAUCGCAAAAAAUAUCAAAAGUAACAGUAUAGCCUUCUAGGAAAUUCUCUAAUUCACUUUCCUGGCCUUUUUGUUGGUUUUAUAUGCAUCUCAUACGUGAAGUAUUUAUUGUUUUAACAUAACACGUUACUUAAUUUCUUUUUAUCGCGAAAUUUCUUCUCAGUAACCGUAUUUCACAGCUCUGCAUCUCGAAAAUACGAAAAAAAGCCGUUUGUAAUCCACUACAAUUUCCUCCAUUUUUAACCAUCAGUUAUAGUUGAUAUACUUUUAUUACUGCUUUGUUUUUUCCUGUCAAACUAAUAUUUUGAAAUUUCCUCUAACUUCAAGAUAAUUUUGUACUUUAUAACUUGAAGAUUCAAAAUGUCGUCAGAGAGUUCAUUGAGACGCCCCAUCUGACUUGACGGAAGUUCUAUAUUUUUAUACAUUUUUAGUAUUUUUGUACUAAUGCUUAUCUGUGGUUUAUUAUUGAUUCACAUUUUUUGACAUCUUUUAAGUUAUUUUAGAAAAGGAUGCAGUUUUGUGCAUUCAAGACCAUAUAUCUUUCAUGCAUAGCUCUAGACCUGUUCUCAGUUCUUGGUGAUUUUUUAAACAAUUGAAAGCGACUAAUAUUGAAAUUAUAUCUCAAAAAUAAAUAUUGAUGAUCUUAUUUGAUAUAGAGGCUUUUAUGAAACUGGAAUAAUCAGUCAAAGCAACAAUAAUUUAAGACAGAUGUAUAAGUAAAUGAUUAAUAUAUCGGAUCCGAUUAAUGAUUCUAACGCCUUGAAAGAAAAAUAAAGAAAUGUAAGGUAUGUUUUAUCAAUGAUUCAAAUAAAUACGUUUUUUAGCAGAAGGUCUCCUGGUUAAUUGUUGUCUUUAGAAUGGCAACAUUUUAAGACCAUUUCUUCUGCUUUAGUUAGAAGUGAUCGCCAAGUCUUCUUUAGCUUUUGCUGAAAGAUAUGGUCUUGAAUGUUGUUAUGGUAACAUACUGCCCUUUUCGCGUAGCAAACAAACCUCUUGAACUUGUCUCUUUUGUUUUCCAAUGUAGCUCGUGUGGCAUUCUCUAGUGAUUUCUUAAAUUACGCGUACAUUAAUAAGCAGGUAAAUAAGACCAAAGUUGAACGAAACAGUUCUCUAGAGGAUCAUCACAUGACCUACAUUGGAAAACAAACAUUGACCAGCUAAAGACGUCUAUUAGCCUUUCAGAUGGUACUGUUUUUUUUUUUUUUGCUUAUUUCUUCAUUGAAUCGCGCACUGUUUUCCCAGUUAUUCCACACUGGAAGUCGGGGGAGGGGGGGAGGGGUACUGGUUGGAAAAGGGAACGCUUUUUUGCAAAAAUGUUGCGCCCCAGCGCUCAGUAACAAUUUCGCGUCUGACAGACGCCUCGCGUUGCCCUGUCUUAUAGGAAAACAAAGGCUUCUGUGGUUAGCGGACGUGAUUUAUCUCUCUUUUUUUGACAGAUUUACGUCGUGAACACUAUUUUGACAAUCGAAAACUUUUUUUUUUCUUUUUGGCGUUUAUUUCAAAGCCCUAGCUUUACCCUCAUGAACGUGAACAAAAAAAGUGAAAUGAGAUAUCUUUUAUUAUGUAAAGGUCGAAGAUAUAACAGCUUAUUCUGUUCAAAUAAGUCUCUUUGUGGACGACCACGAUCCUCAAGAGUCCAGUUUGGAUUUCCUUGAGCAGUUGGUCCCAUCGGUCCAAAGCCUGAAGACAGUAUCGUUCCCAGGAUCUCUCUUCUUCUCGUCCACAGGGACGAAAAGACAGGGAGAAUCUGGGUACUAGAUUGGCCUUAGACUAUCAUGAAGGCGUUUAAUCAAACUUUAUGUGCGCCCGACGUUGCUGUUUUUAGGUAGCAAUGAGAGAUAAGAGAAUUAAGCAGCUGGAAGAUGACUUCGCUGACACACAACAGCAGUACACCGAAUGCUAUGAUGAGGUUAGUCACGCGCAGUGUGAAAUAUCCUGCAAUCAGGCGGUCCUUCUCCCCUUUAAAUAUAAAAAAAGAGCGCCUGAUGGCAGGUUAGGUGUGACACAGCGGGAAGGUGGUCAGCGUUUAUUUAGUGUUACAAAUACAUGCGAUGUUUUGUAAGGUGCUUCCAAGCUAUAUUUGAAAAUGAACUGGUAACCUCAUUUUUGUGAUUAAACAUGAAGGAGAAUUCCCCCCGUUCUCUGACUGGUGGGUAGUGGCUUUUACUACCUCGAUGGAAAAUAUUAAAAGCAAGGAAAUCUUAGGAAGUUUCGGAAGAGUGCGAUAUUCCAGUUGAAUGUUUUAUGAAUAGACAGACUAGGAGUCACGUUUAAGCCAAACGCUUAACGUGAAGUUGUACCACGUGACCAAGUUUUCCUCUUAAUUGCCGCUUACGGUUUAUUACUUCUACUCGAAAAGCAGUUUCACGCCAGUUUUAUCCAUAAGAAUUUUUCUGGACAGUCUUAUUCUGCUUAUUUUCUAUUCUGAGAAAUUCUCAACUUGAAUCUGACGUUUGCCGUUUGCCAUAAACGUCACUCUUAAUCUUCUAAUCUUCCGUAUUCGACCAUACCUAUUUAUUUUCUUACGUUCGAGUCCAAAAGGGAUCUGUAGAACAUUCCUACAUAACAGUUAGUUUGAGAUCUAAAGUAAACGAUUGAUAUUGAUCGCAAACAGAUCCUCUAGACUAGAGCAUGUAUCUGUACAGACGUGCUUUUUUAAUCUUUCCAAAACACCGAGAGAGUUCGGCUAUUCUUGCAACCAUUUCACAUUUUGCACUUCUAUCUUGGGUGCGCGUGCGUUGGAUUCUAUGCGCGUUCUUAAUAUGACAUCACGACAUUUAAGUGACGACAUAAUUACUUGAAAAAAAAAAUAAGAAAAACAGAUAAACAAGAAAACCUGAAAGUCCGUCUGAGUAAGUGUACACAUGGCGACCGCAAUCCAGUUAGCGAGACAUCAUCAUGCUCUGGUAAAUUUACAAACUGAACUUUCUCAGUUGUUUAACUAAUCAUUUUUUAGUUAGUUUUUUUCAGAGUUCCAAAAUUGCAUUGCCUCUUUAGUGGUUCACAAAAUCAUUUUCUCGACGGUAUCUCGUUUCCUUACUUUUCUGUAGCAGAGAAAACAUUUUUGCGCCUUUAUUUUUUUUGCUUGAAAACCAAAUUUCUGCAAGAUUUGUCUGAGUUGAGAGUUGCUUUUACUUGCCUUGAAGUUUCUUUCCAAAAAAGAGACUCAUUUCUUGCGACGAGCAUGUUUUUAUUUUAGCCACUGACGUACAGGAAGAAGCCUGCGUCUUAAAACUAUGUUCCGGCAGAUUGGUAAAGUCCCUGGCUUCUUCUUUUGCGGUGGCAUGAAUUAAAGCGUAACAGUUUUACUUUAGUCCAUAUUGAAAUGUUCCAAUGACCAAAGACUCUCGGAUCACGGUUGUGAUGUAUAAUGUUUAAAAAGCGAGCGUUUGUGUGCGAGCGUUUGUUUGUUCUUGUGCAUGUAUCUACUGUUGAGCCAACCAUGAAAUAUAAUGUUAAAACCAUUUGAAGCAACGGUACUAAUUUCAGAAUUUGUUUUCUUUAGCUUGUGCGCCAAGAGGAACUCAUGGCAAAGCUUCGAGAUGAAAUAUCGUCGUUACAGGAUGAUUUGUCUAAGGCCAAUGAUCAGGUAUUAUAACAACCAAUGUAACUACCGGUAUGGUUAACAAACGGUUACUAUGGUAACCGUUGUACUACUUUAGACGGGAAAGUUAAACCCGAGACUACCGCAAAUAUCUUUGAAAAAGAGCUGAAAUCUGGUGAAAUUGCUUUGUCAAAUCUAAGAAGAGCCAAACGAUUACCUUUUCAAAAUUGUGUUAGGGGAUGUUUUGGGUUUCGGGGUUUAACAAGGGCUAAUUACAUCUUCGAACUCCGGUAGUCUGAUGCCCUCAAUUGUCAUCCAUCUCUAAAACAACACUAAGGGGUUUCCGAGGAAAAGAGAUUCAACUUUCAAUUGCAGCUAAUGCCAGCUAAUGCGAAGGUCUCACAAAUAACGUACGGGGAAAGUUCGUUAGAUAGAUGGUAAAACAACGUUUUGUUUUUAGUUGGUGGAUUCUGAAGAAACUGUUCGCAACUUGGAAAUGGAAUUGGCCAUGUCACAGGAAAAGCACAGGAUAUGUACUCAAGAGGUAAAUGCUUUAUUAACGUUCCUCCGAUCUUUCUGUUGUUUUCAUUUCUUAUAUUACUCUUCUUAUUACUAUGCGUCAGGGACGCAGGACGCAGAGGUAACAAAAUCAUUGAGCGGAUGGGCGUGUGGAACCUGACUGUUACCCUUUAAAUCAUGGCUUGUUGUUUUCUCCUCUGUUUUAACUUUUAAAAAUGAAAAUGCUGUUAGAAACGGGAGUAAUGGUAGUUGAGAGCAUUCGCCUUUCCCCAAUGUGGCCCAGGUUUGAAUUCCGUAGCGACGCCAUUCGUUUAAGUUUAUUUUUCAGUGCUUCUCGCCCUUGUUCUUGUUCCUUGCUCCGCCUUCUUGUUCCUGCUCUCCGGGUGCUCCGGCAUUCCCCUUUGCAUAAAAUUACAAUCAGUUCGAUGAAGAAUAGUAGACGAAAAAAAACAAUGUGGGGUUGUUUUGCCACAAGAUCAUUAUCUAUUUAUUUAUUUACUCGCAAAGUACAUAGCUUUAAACUUUUGCAUACGUUAUCGCAACGCAGGUCGCCAAGCGGGACGAGACAGUUCUGAGCCUGCAGUCCGAGCUGGAUGCAACUCAACAGGAGUAUGAGACGUGCAGUGCGGAGCUUUCAGAGAGAGAAACAGAAGUAGCGGAAAUGAAAACAAAAAUAGGGCAACUGGAGGCAGAAUUAAAAGGCUUAAAAGCGCAAAGAGAAAGUGAUGAAUCUAAGGUACGUUAUAUGAUAAAGUGAUUGUUUUUGUUAUAAUGUUCUCGCUGAUAAACAGUCCUUUUUCAAGAGAAGACCUCGACAUUAAAUCGUUUUAAUUAAUCAGAAGAAACACUCGCACAGAUACCCUCCCAACAAAUAUGGGCGUAAUCUUCAAGGCCGGCUCUGCGCAUGCGAUCACGCNGGAUGCAACCCAACAGGAGUAUGAGACGUGCAGUGCGGAGCUUUCAGAGAGAGAAACAGAAGUAGCGGAAAUGAAAACAAAAAUAGGGCAACUGGAGGCAGAAUUAAAAGGCUUAAAAGCGCAAAGAGAAAGUGAUGAAUCUAAGGUAAGUUAUAUGAUAAAGUGAUUGUUUUUGUUAUAAUGUUCUCGCUGAUAAACUGUCCUUUUUCAAGAGAAGACCUCGACAUUAAAUCGUUUUAAUUAAUCAGAAGAAACACUCGCACAGAUACCCUCUCAACAAAUAUGGGCGUAAUCUUCAAGGCCGGCUCUGCGCAUGCGAUCACGCCCUCCCUAUUUAUUUCCUUAUCAGUGUGGCUGAUAAUUGUUUGGCUCUAUUGGUGACCUAACAGCCUCUGAAAAACAAAACAUGAAUCUGAUCAAGCUGAAUGAGAACGUGAGAGUGCGUUUAGAGGACUGAACGCGAAUGCAGACGCUCAAUUUUUCGCACUGCCAUGGUCAUUUUUUAAAAUGAAUUUAGGUCUGCGAACAAAUACAACCUUUCCAAAACGGCUGUUUACAUGAGCCGGGCUGGCUGGCUCUGCCGAGGUGAAUUUUAUCUCGGCAAUUACUAUGAUCCCGGUAUCACGCUAUCUCGAUACCGGUCGGAAUUCUAGCUCACCGGACUGGCUGAGUUGUCAUGCAAUCACGAAGUUGAUUUUAAUUGCGUUAAAUUCACGUGCCGUGGUCUUGGUAAAGUGAUACGCUCACUGAAGUACUUACUCGCUAUGAAGGCUUUGCUGGAACUGAGGCGAUGAUACACGAUACUUUUUAGGACAAAAAAUGUUGGCACGAUGUGGAAACAACUCGAAAUAAUGUCCCACCAAUGUUGCAACGCUGUGUUGCGCGCUGAAAAUCGUCGCUACAAAUCGUUCCAUGCAAGGUCACCUUAACAUUUUCAAGGUGAAGUUUAGUUUCUGCUUUAUUGAUAUAUUUUUAUAGUGUUACGUUGGAACGUGCUUUAAUAAGCCUUUUUUGUAAAGAUACGUGUUCUAUCUUUCCCCCAAAAUUAAUAACAUCUUUUCCCGUUGGCCGCCGUUGUGGAUAGGUUCGACCGCAUAAUGUUAUUUGUUUUACAGAAUAGUGUUCUUCGUUUACAGAUGGACAGCGAUGAGAAAGAAAUAAAACAGUUAAAUACUGAUAAAGCUCGACUUAUGCACGAGGUUCAACGAUUGAUGCAAACUAUCGAACAUCUUGAAAAUACUAUGAAUGAUUCUGAGGAGGGACAUUUGUCAGAGGUAAAUUAUGCCAGUCUUACCCCCAGCGUAAAUUACUUUCCUUCUAAUUAGGGUGAACAAAUCCAAUUGUGUUAGUGAGCUCAAGCAAAGACGUUUUUAAGCGACACACGUGAACUGGAAAUGGACUUCUUGAGUUCUUGGGCAAUGCUCUCACCUAAAUGUUUGGGCAAAUGGUCUCUAUAAGAAUAGCUUCAUACCUUUUACAUUCAUAAGAAUUUUUUUUUUCCGGUCUUCAUCUGCUGACUUUCUAAUUUGAAAAAUUCUUGAAAAAUCAAGUUGACCGUUUGCAAACUCUCAAACUCUCUAUUACUCUAUUGUGUUCAUGUUGUUUGUUGUUGUUGUUGAUUUUUUUGUCUUGUUUGUCUGUUUUUGUUUUUUUGCUUCUCCAUUGUCAAGGCGUCAAAAGGUUUAUUAAUUUCCCCUCAGUGUGAAAGAUUGUUUCCUUUCAUUGUAGAUUAAACGGCUCAACACAGAGAUAGACACCCUUGGGGCUAACCUCACUGAAGUAAUGCAGAAAGAAAACGACACUGCUAACAAGGUGAGGUAUUACGGUUCUCAUCAGCGUACUGAAGGUAUACAAAUACCGUAAACUGCCGCUCAUUGAUAACCUCCUUAGUUACAGGCCUAUCUACCUGUAACCAAAAACAAAAUACUUCUGGUUGUAAGCCCCACCGGAUAUAAGCCCCUCUCCAGCUCCACUUAUACCCCCCCCCCCCCCCCACGCCUCUGAAUUCGAUUUAUUAUGACGUUUUGAAGCUUAGUUAAAAACUAGUAAAUGUAUUUUUAGUGUAAUUUCAUCGGAACUGCUAUAUCUUCUUUCAAAGCACUUUGUCUAUUCUGGUUAUUACUUAUAAUCCCCCUCGGAUAUAACCCUCUCCAUUUAUAAGUCCUCCUAAAACCCUUUACGAAGAUUUAUAAACAACGCAAGGCUUAUAAGCAGCAGUUUACGGUAUAUAUAACGGAGUGUGACAAAAGAAACAUGUGGAAAAACCUAGAGGGAGAAACACACGCCCUUCCCUCUCUUUUAUAGUGCUCACUGAAUGUCUUCCUUUUAUGUGCCAUCCACCUUCCUUUACAUUAUUUUGAGGCUUGGCUUGUACUGGCUUUCAUUUCAUGAUCAGCUACUAUAUCUGGAGUAGGCCCAGAUAGUCUCCAUCUUAUGUAUAACCUCGGAUAAGGACGAAAAACCAUAGGUCCUCUCUCACAGCACUUUCACUUAUCUGGUUCUUGAGGGACGUAAUAGAACCCACACCACUGUUCAAAAAGAGUAGGGAACGUAAAUUGGGGCCCCGCUCUGUUGUGUGUUCCGCAACAUAUGGUUGAAAUGAUAAUGAAAAAUAAUAAAUAAAUAACAGCUGCCUUAUAGGCGUUCACCUCGAGGUAUAGCCUCAUUAAUUAGGGACCUUAGAAGUAACCGAAGUCAACAGCGAGUGCACAGGAAAAUUCUUUACUGCACGUGCGUUUUAUGUUUGCGAUAAAAAUAACACCCAAUGGCGACAUUNGGAAAAACCUAGAGGGAGAAACACACGCCCUUCCCUCUCUUUUAUAGUGCUCACUGAAUGUCUUCCUUUUAUGUGCCAUCCACCUUCCUUUACAUUAUUUUGAGGCUUGGCUUGUACUGGCUUUCAUUUCAUGAUCAGCUACUGUAUCUGGAGUAAGCCCAGAUAGUCUCCAUCUUAUGUAUAACCUCGGAUAAGGACGAAAAACCAUAGGUCCUCUCUCACAGCACUUUCACUUAUCUGGUUCUUGAGGGACGUAAUAGAACCCACACCACUGUUCAAAAAGAGUAGGGAACGUAAAUUGGGGCCCCGCUCUGUUGUGUGUUCCGCAACAUAUGGUUGAAAUGAUAAUGAAAAAUAAUAAAUAAAUAACAGCUGCCUUAUAGGCGUUCACCUCGAGGUAUAGCCUCAUUAAUUAGGGACCUUAGAAGUAACCGAAGUCAACAGCGAGUGCACAGGAAAAUUCUUUACUGCACGUGCGUUUUAUGUUUGCGAUAAAAAUAACACCCAAUGGCGACAUUAAAGAUUUGCGUAGAGAGUGAACAUAGCCCUAUGUUUUCCUAUUUAGUCGGAAAUGCUUUUUCUCAGGGCCUAACGAUAUAGCUUUCAAAUAACUGAUAAUCUUGAACGGUAGUGACCCUACCGUCUUAUCCAAUGCCUUUUCUAAGCUCCGAAUUAAGCAAGCCUAGGCUCCCUGUAUAGAAUAGUUUCUUAUUUUAAGCCGAUUCAGUAGCUAUCGAGACUGCAGUAUUAUUCCCACACUCUAAACUCGGAAAGGGAAAGUUUAACUUGUGCUAGUCAGCCAUUUCAAAAGUUUUGCUAAUGACAAAGUCAAUUCAAAUUUCAGCUACUAGAAGAACGCGAGACCAAUAACAAGUUAUCCCGUGAGUUACAGCACAACCAGAAAUUGAAUGACGAAUCUCUUGAAGAGGUGGGUGAAAAUGCACGAGGAGUUUUAUAAAAUACGUCAGGGUAUUUGGUGUUUUAUCCAUUGAUGAACAAGCAUUCGUCUUGUCAGUACGGUAAUAAUAUAUAAUUAUAAAAUAUUACAAUUCUAUUAUUUACAUAUUUUUGUUCAAUCCUGAAAAUACUUCGCGCGCUGUGAUUGGUCGAUGUCCAUGCUCUGCUAGAGAACUCACAAUUUGUGGUAAAAACAUCAGUGACACACUCGCCUGCGGCACGUGUGCCACUUUUUUGUUCUUACCACAUUUUGACGUCAUCUGUGCAUGAUCUGUUUUUGAACAGAAGCGGCAACAUGGAAUCUGAUUGUUUAAGAUAUACCAAGCAAACAUUACAUGGGUUUUAAUAUCUCGUAUCUUCCUUCUAUGGAUGGGUGCCCAUUGUUAAACCGAACAAUCCUUAUUUUCCACACGGCACAUUAGUAAACCUUUUCAACCUGGCCCUUAUGUAAAAUAAGGUGGAUUUUUUAGUUAAUCUCUUGAGCAUGUAAUUAUUUACCUUGACGCCCUCGUUGCCUAACUUAUUUCAUGUUACAGAUCGAGCGUUUAGAACAGAAAAUCAGACGUCAAGAAAAGGAUUUAGCAGAAACAAGCAAUCAAGUAAGUCGAAGGGGAGAACAUUUUUCAAACACUGUUUUCAAAAACAGUGCGAAAAUAAGUUGAUUCUUUGAUUUCAGGGUUUAAUUUUUCAAAAUUUGUUACGUUUAUAUUUUAGGCCUCGAGUUUAAAGGAAAAGCUUAAAGAAAUCGAGUCACAGAGCCAUCAGCUACAGAAAAACAUUAACUAUUAUAAAAGUCAAUUCAAUCAAAGCGUUACCCAGGUAAUAAAGAAAUAUUAUUUUUGUUCUUUUCUAGUCUCUGUAUACUACUGGUAACAAUUCAGUUUCCUUUUCCGGCUUUACCUGACGAAGACGUCUUUUUCUCUUUUGAUUUUAGGUCAAUCGAUGUGAAUCCACGAUCAAAAAUCUGGAAAGAAGUCUUAAAGAUGCUCAAGAACAGGUAAACUGUCGCACCGCGCGAUUUUAAGUUUAAGAAUUUGGUUGGCAAAAUUUAAACUCGAGUUUCUUAAAGGUGUUCUGGAGUUUACAUGUACAGGGGAAGUUGAGACGUGAGGGCUUCGUGUAGGCAAUUAUGCUGAUCGAGGAGGGUGAUAUCCGCCGAACCCGAAGGCUGAGCUGUUGUGCCCUCUGCAAUCCCUCCUUCUGAACUUAUCCGUAAAAGUGACUCAGUUUUAAAGAAAACUGGUUUCCCAACCUAAUGAUCUUCUUUUGAAUAAAGAAGAUGAGGCAUUGAAAAUCGAAACAUGCUGUUGGGAUUCUCUUCUCAGUCUCUUGUUCAGUAAGGUUGGCUUCUAGGAAUAUUAUGUUAAGUAGCGGAGCUAGUAGAAUGUUGCCUAUUUCUAUUCUCCACCAAUGAGAUUUAUCGUGACCGUUUUAAGGUUGUGAAACGAGAGGAUGAAAUUAACCAACAGGCUCAAGAACUGGUUGAGUUGAGGAAAAAUUACGCAAGUGAAUCAGAAAAGGUGAGAGUUGUGACCUUUCUUUCUUUCUUUGUUCUUUUUUUUCGAAAGCGAUGAAAUUGUUAAAACUUUUAAAAGGCCCCGCCAACACGUAAUCCAUGAGUUUUAAAAAGUGACCCAAUCUUUUGGCAUGUUGGCCUUUCGUCAACGAAUCGGACGUUUACCGAAAACAUACUGACUAUUUGAAAACGAUCUUCAGAGGGGAAAUUUCUGAAAACUCCAUUGAUCAAACAUUGAGAGGAAAAAAACCAUAAUCGUUAUUAAAAAAUACCCGUUUUUAAACAGAAACGUCAUUACUUGUGGAUGGGCGAAACGAUUCGAAAAAGAUUAGUGUGCUCGCGAAUUUUCUUGAAAACAGAAAAAAUAUACAUGCUUUUUCAAACAACACGGAUACGUGUGGAUGUGGCCUCGCACGGCACCUGUUGUGAACUGUAUUUCUCUGCGAAGCAACGGGACUUCAAUGGCAACGGAAGCUACAAAGAACUCUUACGACAAAAUCCUGCACGAAUUUCCACCCUUAGAUGUAUGACAAUGAUUUCUCUUUUUAGGUGGCCUAUCUUAAUGACGUUGUCAGGCCAAUGCGCAAGGAGAAAAAUCAUGUUGGUCUCCUGCUUGAAGUAUUAAAACCUUUUCAUUAUUAAUGACACGUGGAAAUAAAUUGUUCAAACGCAGCGCUUUUAACUUGACAUUCUUGUUGAGCUUCCCACUUUCGUUUGUCAAUAGAACGCAUUCAAGCCAUUGUGUGUCAAUAAUUUAUAUUCAUUAUUUACGCUUAUUUCGACGAGAUUGUCUGUUUUAUCACCUGUUGCUAGCGUGUGGAUUUAAUAAAACAUUUACACUUGUAGCUCUGAUUUUAUGUAUUUUUUUUUUACAAAAAAAAUCAUCAAAAACGAAGAAACUGAUUAUUUUUCAAUCGUGUGGGAGGUCUAAGUCCUGCCCGGAUUUCUACAAGGGUCCCAAACCUAAACUGAAACUAAAAAGGUAACAAAUAUUAAGUUUGAACAUUAUCGGAUUUAAAAUUAUGUGCGUUUUGAAUUUUUGUGUAAAAGCCAUCUAAGCGUUUUACGGCUUGUACUGCCAGCAUAUGUGACCGUUUUUUUGGAGCAAGUCCGUUUAAAUCUCUCAAAGUUGUUUUGGGUGUUUGAACGGUUUCUUGUCUGUUACAGUGCUGAACAUUGUCACUUUGCUUUAGAAUCAGAAACAAAGUAACGCUAUGGAAGAACUUGAUAGAGAACUACGUCUGGCACAAGAUGCUUGUCAAAGAUUGAAAAGCCAGGUAAUAUAAGUUUGAUUUUGUCUUCUGUAUUUUAGUUCUCGCGUCUAUAAUCUGGACCGUAAACCUCGAUCUAAGUCGCUUUUGAGUAGAAAUCUUACCAAGUAGACUAAUUCUUGGAGUCAGAUUACAUGCAUUCGUUGUUGAUCUCAUUUUUCCGGUCCUUGUAAGAUCUGUAUGGAAAACUCUCCUCUACGAAUUUUUAUAGGCAUUACUUUUUACUUUGAAUUUAUUUCCUCCUACUGCCUCCUCUUUUGGCGAAAUGAAAGCCUUCUUAUCUUCUUUGUUCAGUUUCGGUUGAAUUCACGCCGCAGAUGGAAAGCUUUGAGAAUAGCUACACAACCAGCUGUUUUGCUUAUUCAAAAUCAUGUUUGUCCAAUAUUUCUGUGAAGGUUUUGUUGCAGCAAUACACAACCUAAUUGGUGGUUUUUAAUUGCAGGUCUCGCAAACACUUCUGUGAUAAGUGUCAAAUUUUGUUUUCGAAAGCCUAUUCGUCUUUCUCCAUCCAACUUGAGGUGCGGCAAAAUAUCGCUAUUUACUCGAAAUGAAAUUUGAUUUCAUGUGUAAGUUUAAUUUCGCUUGAAAUGGGUGCUAAAACAGCGUUAUCCACAAAAAUGUAACCAGUGCCCUUUUUAUUAAGCUAUGCUCCUGAUUAAGAAUAUAAUUGUAAUAAAUAAAUAUAACUAUUAAGUAAUAAAGGAGUUUAUCUUUUAAAUUGACAUAUUCAUAUCUACUAUUAAGCGAAAUCGAGAUUUGUUUAGUUGGCAAGGACUUAGCGUGUGAACGCAGACCUAUUUAUGGUCGUCAAUUCUCGCCGCAGACAAGCAAGGGCAAAGCCUAUAGUCUACUAUGAUUACCGAUAGAAAUCAAGAUUGAGCCUUCUAAUUGUUUUUUUUUUCUGUGUCGGAUUUAAGUUCACUGAUUUAAGUUUCACCAAGUAUUUAGUUAUUAGUUUACACCAGACUUUAGCUAUCUAUGAACUGAUAGAUUUUAGCUAGUACAUCAGCCAAUCAAAAUGCGGGGUUUACCAUAGAAGGUGAGGAGAAUUUUACUAAUCAUUACUACAUUUAUAGGGAACUGCACAAGAUGAUCGUGUUCGACACCUUCAAGAAGAUUUGAAUGCAUCGAGAGAAAAAUACGAAAAAUCGCUUGGGGAGGUACGGUUUGUCAGUAAAGGAAGUAGAAAGUUUGUUCCACUUGGAGAAAUCAUGAAAGUAUUCGAUGUGGUGAUUUGUCUCUUUCGCCAUCGUUCUUUGGGUCGUCACGCAACGUUCUUUCCGUUGAGCGUUGCGUGACGACACAAAAUAGGUCGAGUAGGAGACUAAGAAGUAGUGUGACACCUCUUUAUUGCGGUUACAUAUGUUAGGUCCAAACGAAAGGAAAAGAGUGAGCAAAAUGGGCAAAAAGAGUGAAUUAUAGGGAAUUCGAAAAUAGUCAAUAUUGUUUAGAAGUGAUAAGUGAUACUGCAUUAUGUAAACUUCAUAAGGGUUCCAAGGGUUUUUAAACCUAUUGGAUCAGUAAAACACUUCUGAACCACUUCUUUAGGUUCGCCAUUGCAUUUUAUGUGAUUGUUAAAUGCAGCUGUAAAGAAGACUACUUGUUUAUCAAUCACAUGUUAGUCUUAGCUAAGUAACAUAUUUAUGAAUGUCGUAACAAAUGUACUUAUCCUUCCUUUACAGUUUUUUUAAAUAAAGUCGGUUAUGUUCAUCAGUUAGAAAAGAAACUUAUGAAUUCAAAUAACAAAAAUGCCGGUCAGGAAAGUAAAUGGGAAAAGUUUCAGCUAUUCUGCCGUGGUAGUGAGAAUUAGAAUGCAAAAAAGAACUUAUAUCCUAUUUGAUAGUAGUAAUUGUACCUAAACAGUCUUUGUGUCAGCCAUUAUUUAUGUAUAGUAGGAAGUGUAUUUUGUGUACUUGUAGUAGUAUUUUAUCGGUAGAGUGGUUUUCGUUUGAGUGUCGUAAAACCAAAACCAAAGUAAUUACUCUGGCCAAUCACAUAGGACACAGACAAUACAUUGAACCAAUCAGAACUCGAAGUAAUUACAUGUGGCUGACGCAAAGCGCGGGAAAAUGCAUGCGAGCGCGUCACAAUUGGCUUUGGUCUUACUUCUGAUUGGAUGAAAAGGUGGCGCGAAUCUUUUAAGCCAAUCGCAUCGUGUAGAAAGUGNAUCACAUAGGACACAGACAAUACAUUGAACCAAUCAAAACUCGAAGUAAUUACAUGUGGCUGACGCAAAGCGCGGGAAAAUGCAUGCGAGCGCGUCACAAUUGGCUUUGGUCUUACUUCUGAUUGGAUGAAAAGGUGGCGCGAAUCUUUUAAGCCAAUCGCAUCGUGUAGAAAGUGCAAAACCAAUUACUUUUCGACACUCAAAUGAAAACCGCUCUAUAGAUGUAGUAGUGCUUGUGCAAAAAAUAAAGGAAAAAUUAACAAAAUUAACGCCUUAAAUAAUAACUUUAAUUUGUGUCAACAAUCGCUGUUUACAUGUAUUAUUUGCUUCAUUUGCUACAUCUUCCUUACUUGAAAUUGCUAGAUUUCAGAAAAAGAAGAGAAAAUAAGAAGUCUUCAAAAUGCGAUUCUUGCUGAGAAGGAACAACACGCUCAAAGGGUACAGCAGGUAGGAAUACUGUGUUUUUAUCAUAACGUUAUUUCCCUAGGCCCUGUACAAACUGCUCUUUUUAAUCCCUUUCCCAUUUAUGAUGCAUUUGUUUCACUUUUUACCUCCUGAAAAUAAACGUUAAUUAGUGUCAUAAAGGUUGAAAAAGCGUCUCUGAAAUUAGCAGGGUAAAGUUGUGUUAAGUUUCUUGGUUUAGAUUGUAAUACAGUCGCGGCUGCUUUUUUGCUGUUUCCUUUCAUUUUUAAUCAAAACCUCGCAACCUCUUAGGUUUUCUAAGCUUGCAAACACAGUCGUCCCCCCUCGCUCGUCGCAUCUCUAGCGGCGCGCAGAAGUGAGGAGAGACGAGCGCUGUAUUUGCAGGCUGUGUUUUUCCUCGCCUUAAAUGGAUGCAUUUUUGAUAAAACCAGCUUUAUCUUAAUGCUGCUUCUGUCCUGCUUGUCAAGGUAACUUAUUAUGAAGAGCGAAUGCUGGAAGUGGAAGACGAGUUAGCUAGAGUGAAGGAAGACAGAAGGCAAGCUUCAAUCCAGGUGAAAGUAUUCUAGCUUUCAAUAAGGCUACAAUUCUUGAUUCUGGUUCAAAUUACCAUUUGUUUCCGAUAAUCAUCGGGAUUCAUUCGUAAUUGACAAUGCAAUGACUCUCAGACUCUGUUCACACUAGUCCCGGAUAGCUCAUGCGCAGGGACGAAAAUCAUACCGGACAGGGAUACUGUUCACACAAUAGAACCGUGAUUUUGGUUCGAUUUCUGUAAUGGAGCAAAGCUGCAUUACCAUACCAAAAACAAAGGAGGAAAAUAUAAACUAAAGAUAACAUUGACCCACCAAAUAUACAAGCUAUUCUAAACCUAGCCAUUUUUACCUAAAAGUUAAACUUCAUUUCUGUACUUGCAGGUUACUCGAAGUGAGCAAUUGAAUCAGCAGUUUCAGAAGGAGGUUACUAACCUUAAACAGAAGAACAAAAACGAGGUAACUAUUUUUUUAAACAUUUAAAAAUUAAUGCUAUCAGUCUCAACUCUAGCCUAACUAUCGUAUUUCGGUCGUAGGUUGAGAGAAGCGACGACCAGAAAUACGUCUGCGUUCGCUUACCUGCGAUCAGGCGGUCCUUCUUCCCUUUUUCUUAGGGAGAGAGGAAAUGGAGAAAUUAAAGAACAGCGUCUUUUUUUCCCUUUGCCCGUUCCUCUUCCCCGAAACAAAAAAAAAAACGCCUGACCGCGGGUCAAGGUUUGCAGGCUAUCUCAACCAGGGCGGAAAACAUUUAUCCGCCCUGAUCUCAACUCUAGUUGUCCAGUGAUUCCCCCCUUUUCCAGGUUACCUUGUUUGUUGUGGUGGUAUAUUGUGUGUUUCCAUCCAACUGUUCCGCGUAGGUGGGCCAAUUCAGUGAUUAUUUACUUGUUGUUAACAAGGAUGCUGAACACAGGUCUGUCAUGAGAAAGAAAUAAUUCCUUUGCCCACAAAGAGGUGUUUGAACGCGAGACUUUUUAGAACUUUUGGAUUGCAGCGCUAAGGAUCUCUAUUUCCCAUACAACAUAAACUGUGCGGUCCCCCUACAAUUAUUUAUCCGUACCAAUAAUUAUUUCUUUUAAGAUCGCGAAAAAGGAGGAGAUUGUGCGACGUCUGGAGGGCGAUAUAGCGAACUUACAGGAAACAGUCAAAAGCUACGCUGAAGAGGUAAGAGAGAGCUACUUUACUAUCAGUGUAAGACUAAUUCACUCUGAUGGGAUCCAUUGCCACGUUUGAACACGAGAAAAGAUGGCAAUUACAUUUACGGUUGGUUGGCUAUGACGUUCAAAUGACUCGAGAUGGCGUAGGUACCAUCCGGCAAUGAAAUGCGACAUAUAUGUCGUGGUCUAAUUUUAUCCAAGGUUUAUAUAUUAUGUUAUUUUCCUUUGUUUUUGGUAUGGUAAUUUAUGCUAAUGACUUUGAAACACAGAAAAAUGAAAUUUAAACCAAGUAUAAAAUUAAACCACAACAUAUGCUCCUAUUCUCGUAUAGUCGCUCCUUUCCCGAUUUUUUCCUGAGGGGACGGGGCGGCUGUACACAGUCUAUAUCUUGUGCUUCAUAUUCAGUCAGUUGCAACCUCGUAUUACCAACCUCAGCUGAGUAGACUUUAAUUUUAUAUGAACUUCUUAAAGUCAGUGCGCACAUGUAACGUUGUAUCUUCAUUUUUGAAUUUCAUUUGAACAUUUACAUUGCGCGUGCAUUCAGUUGCUUUUACACCACUGAGAUUGAAGGAGCACCCUCGAAACGUCUGGUUUUUUCCUAUCUUUUCAACACAUAUUUUGAUAAAUUGUCAUUUACUCGAUUAGUUGCGUUGCACAGGUUUUUUCCAAUUUUGACUGAACCCCUCGAAACGCUUCAUCAUCCUCUAUUAUGACAACUCAACGUACAACAAGCUUUUCUUUUCCUUCCCAGGUCGCUAAUUUGAAUGGAAAGCUCACGGCCACACAGACAACGCUAACAACACGUGACCAGGAAGUUCGAACAAAGGAAACUGAGGUUGGUAAUGUAUUUGAAACAAGAAAGGCAGUGCUCACUGUUAGGAGGCGCUCGCGACCCUCUUAUUUCAUCCAUUAUACUACUCCAUGAGAAUUUCUGCAAUUUGAUUGGCUUAGAGCAGUGGUAUUUCAGCUUAAUUUGAAAUACCUACAUGUGAAAAUUACAAAACCUCUGCGGGUAGUAGUAUAAACAAAUAAUAGCAUGAUUUGUACGUGAUAUUUGGCAUAAAUACCACUCGUGGUAUUUCUAAAUUGUCUGAAAAUUUUACUCGCCUAACGACUCGUGAAAUUACGUAUAACAAUUUUGAAAUAUCACGUGUGGUAUUUAUGCCAAAUGUCAAUACAAAUCAUGCUAUUACCUAUACGAUCUAUAAUGUAAUUUGUAAUGUAACGUUAUAGAUCUAUAAUGUUUGCGGGAAAUUUGUCUGUUUUCCGUUUGUAGUGGGUUUUAAAUAUCGAGGUGUCCAAAAUGAGAGAGUUGACUUCAUUAUAUGACCACCAAUGCAAUAACGUGAGCUUUUGCAUGAAAACAUGAUAUCUUCACACGUGAAAAUGACAUGUGAUAUUAUGCCAUAAAAGGUGAUCAAUGCGUUCUUUUACAGAUAUACCACUUCGAGCAGACGACUGCUGAGAUGAGCGACCAACUUAACACUAUUCAGACAAACUAUAAUCAUUUGGAAGAAGAGGUACGUUACUCUGAAAAAUGAAAACUUUGGCCUGCGUAGGGAAGGGAACAAGGACACGCGCGAACGAGAUUGACGCGCGAAAACGUUUUGGGCGCGCGAUAGAGGAAGGAAGGUAGACAGGGAAAGUCUUCUUUUCUCCUCUAAUUGUUGGCUGUUGCAUUCUCGCGCACCGAUCCAGUUCGCACGAGACUUUUUCCCUCCUUCCCUUUCCCCUUCAAACUUUGGCCACGCAGGUUAUAAUAACUUUUGCAAGUUGAAAGUAUGACUGCUGAUGAAGCCGUGAAUAACUUUAACACCUGUUUUGUUUUCCGUAUAACAUAGGGUGCAAAGAUGCGAGCAAGGAUAGUUCAGCUGGAAGAAGACCUUUCAAAUUCUCGACAGCAGUAUAGAGAAACCUCGCAAGAGGUACAUAUGAUUCUUACUCCACUGCCCACUCAUUAGUUAGCUGAAUACGACGCAAAACGUUGUUAGCGAUCAUUUUACUUUUUCAAUUCUGGUUUGCAGUAUGUAUAACAAAGAAUAGGAUAGAGUUUCGACAGCAACAAUACCUGUCUCGAGACACUAUAAGGGAAAUGGGUACANUUCCCCUUCAAACUUUGGCCACGCAGGUUAUAAUAACUUUUGCAAGUUGAAAGUAUGACUGCUGAUGAAGCCGUGAAUAACUUUAACACCUGUUUUGUUUUCCGUAUAACAUAGGGUGCAAAGAUGCGAGCCAGGAUAGUUCAGCUGGAAGAAGACCUUUCAAAUUCUCGACAGCAGUAUAGAGAAACCUCGCAAGAGGUACAUAUGAUUGUUACUCCACUGCCCACUCAUUAGUUAGCUGAAUACGACGCAAAACGUUGUUAGCGAUCAUUUGACUUUUUCAAUUCUGGUUUGCAGUAUGUAUAACAAAGAAUAGCCUAGAGUUUCGACAGCCACAAUACCUCUCUCGAGACACUAUAAGGGAAAUGGGUACAAGCUUUCGGCGCAACGAUUUCUGGGAUUGUUUGGGUGGACAAGCGUUAGUUAUGAUUGGUCGAUGGUAUUUAAGACGACCAUUAACCAAUCACAAGUGAAGAACAGAAACGAAGCGAACGUGAGGCGGAAAGGGAUGGAGUAGACGGUGUCCCUCAUCUCCUCGCACUCUGACUCAAGCGUUUAGUUCUCGCGUUCAUUGAAUAAAUAAUAUGAGAUAAUAGAGCGGGCCUGUGAUUUAUAAUCUGAGAGCAGCUCACUAGUUGUGUCUGCCCCCGUCUUUGCGCGGAAACUAGAAGAAAGGAGGUCGGGUUAUAAGGUUGAAAGGUCAGUGUUUUAUUGUCGUCAUCAUUGCUCUCUUCUUCAGCUUGCUCGCUGUGAAGAAAGACUGGGACUAGUAGAGCAAAGCUUGUCUUCUACCCAAGACCAGCUGAGUGGGCGCGUUUCAGAGGUAAGAUAUUCUGAUCAAAUGUUGUUGUUGUUGUUUUUUUUUUUUAAGAGAAGGCUGGCUUUUGUCGGGUUCCCUCGAAAAUUAUUUUGUAUCUCUUAAUCCAAGUGAUAACUCAAACUUGCGAUGUCAGUGAACUUUUUGGGUCGGUUAUUUAAACGAAGUCUAACUUAGACCGCGCGGUUUACCAACUCUUUGAACCUCCAGAUCUUUUCCUUAGUGGGUUAUUUCAAGUAGACAAAUGCUUUCCUAGUCUACUCCAUAUACUUUCAUGAAACUGUUCGCGAUAAAUGCUGUUAUGUAUUUUCACAAGCCGUUUGACUUUUACCGAAUCUUGCCCCAAAACAAUUUGGAUUCCUUAGUUCCGUUUAAAUGACUGGCCCUUAGUCUCAGUCCCUCUAAACUUUGACUUGUCUUGUGUUUGAAAUUGUCAUUUUUUCGGUUAUUUAGGUCGUUAGGCUGGAAAAGUCAAAUAGAAGGUUUCAACUGGAGCUUAAGAGUACUGGUGAACAACAAGGAAUACAAAAUCAACAGGUAUAACGGCAACAUUGGCGGAGAGAAAACACCUACAUCCUCCACUCACAUAAAACCCGGGCCACAUUGCUGGGAAGCCUGUGCUCUCACCGCUACACCACCGUUGCCCAACUUUGUCAGUCACAUCACCAGAUUUGCGUUUCUGUCCUAACCAACGUUCCUAGAUUUUCGUUUGACGCGAAAGACGUUUCUGAAAGUGACUUGUUUAAAAAUAUAACUCUUCAGUUGCGCAAAAGAACUCUGCGUCGAUCGGGCCACCACGCUACGAAUCAACACAUUGUAUUAACCAUAUUCUUCUUAGCGUUUUCUUUUGCCUUCAUUUGACUAAUGGAGUUAUGUUUUGGUUUGCAAUAGAUCGAAGAACUAGAAGGGUAUCUUGAGCAGCUGAAGGCAGACUUACGAGUGACUCAGCAAAGGCAUCAGGCGGCCGUAGAGGAGGUGGGUGGGCCAAUAAGAUAUUACACGACUUGAUGUUUUCCAUGUAAGUUACAGAAACGGGCAUUCAUUUUGAAAGGUUCCUUUUUCUUGAGGAUAAUUCAGUCAGUUAUCUGAUGCCGAAUGUAUCCUAAUAACAUAAGCCUGUGUAACAGGCUCUAUGAAGUAAUGGGCGCAAGAAAGAACGGAGCGCGUGAGGGAGACACGUGUGUUCGUCGCGCGCCCCGUUCUUUCUCGCAUAUUACUUUCAAGCGCCUGCUAUGUAGGCUAUAAUAGCAUUAACUGUACCUUACAAAUACAACUCAUUUUUUAAAACUGGUGUGCCGCCUCAUACGUGAAAGUAGCCAGGAAAAACGUAAAACGUAAUCCUUACCUGUGCAUCCAAGAAAAUGGCACAGUAGAAACAUAUAACAUUACAUAAAUCUCAAAACAUGCCAAUUAAAUUGUAAAAUAUAUACCAAUAAAAAGGUGUGUGUAAAAAGAUUGGACUGGACUAGGUAGAAUGGCGCGUUCUACUGCAUUCUAAUCUUAUAAAUAGUCAAUAAACGUCCCAUGAUAAUCUGCACGGCUCCCCAGUGUGCACUCAGAUUUCGUCUCAUAAUACUUAUCUUCAGGAAUUUCAUCUUAUGUUUAUUGCUGUCUUGUGUGUUGUUUAGGCGGCGGCAUACGAGGACAAGGCAAGAAGGCUAGAAAUCGACCUAGAGACUGCACAAAAAGAAAACCAAGUGAUUAGUCAGCAGGUAAGUGCAAUCAAGUAACAUAUGUUUGAUGUCUGCACAAAGAAUGGACGAAGAGUAUCUAAGAGAUCUUUCUGCGAAAUCCAGGGUGCCCAGCAUAUGAUUUUAGUGAAGAAAACGUACGAUUUCCUAGUCGCCCAUGAACAAAAAUAGGGCGUCAGGCUCCAUCGGGCGCUGCUGAUUUUCAUGUUUUGAAUUUUAUUUCAGUUUAACGAGCAGCUUGAAAGCGCAAGGGAAUUGGAGACUAAUCAAGCUCAAAUGAGGGGACAGAUACAAGAAGCUCAAAAACAUGUGAGUAAAACAGGAGUCCUUGUUACCCAUCUGCGUCUUAGUUAUUACCUCGUUUCGUUAUUAUAUUGCACAGAGAAACCAUAGAAUCUAUAAAUAAUUAGCAGUUAGCUCUUGACCAUUUUAAAGUUGUGCUUGUGCUAUUCGUUACUUUGGAAACGAGAAGAAACGCUAAAGACUUCUGGGAUCGUAACUGGGACGCGCAGGUAGCUAACAGGGAACUUAAACAAAGGCGUUUUUGAGCCACGCACGUCAACCGGAAGUGAACUUUUUACAUUUCUGAGUCGCGGUUUUGCCAAACUUUUCAGCUAAAUCGUCUCUACAAGUGUAAAGAAACUAAGCAAUACAAAUUUCAUGGCGUCAAGGCAUAUUGAAACGGAAAAAGUCCUCACUUCCGGUUGACGUGCGCCUCCAGUCAAAGUCCUGGAAGUCUUUUCGAAAGUUGACUAGGCCCAGUCUCCUUUACGUUUCUAAAGUGGCGAAUUGCGAGGUUGCGCAGAAACUGGGGCAAAAUUCGUCUGCAAAGUCCCACAGUGCAACGGAACAUAACAGCGACGACGUAAAAUGGCCACUAUUGUGUCGUAGUGUGGAUAUUAGGGAGCUCAAGCAAAGACGUUGUUGAGCGAUGCCCGUAAUAGGUAGUGUACCUUUUGCAUUCUUGGACAGUGGUUUUGCCAAUAAUUUUUGGGGAAAUCGUCUCUAAAACAGCAAAUACACUUAGCAAUAGAGAUUUGGUUGUCAGCUCUUUCAUAGUUCUGAUUCUUGUGAGACGUAAAAGGACCCGCACUGCUGUUCAUAAAGGGUAGGGAACGUAGACCCCGGUAGUGUGAUCAACCUUAAGAAAACAUUGUAUCCGUCUGUGUUUGUGUGAUGCAGCAGAUCCACAUCGGCUUUAAGCUAUCGUGUAAAACUAUGAGAAUGAUGAUGUUGUUGAUAAUGGUGACGAUGACGAUGACGAUGAUGAUGAUGAUGCUGCUGAUAAUGAUGACGAUGACGAUAAUGCAAUGAUCAUGCUGAUGAUGAUGAUAAUUUUGUUGGCAAACUUAUUGAAUAUUCAUGUCCACUUCGGUCAACUCGCAUGACAAGAUCUCAUCAUGAAAAAUCAAUACAUCAGUUUCUCACAAAAUUGAUAAGGCCAGGUAUUUACGUAAGUGUUUCUGCUUGGAUAGAUUCGCCAUUGUCAAAGUGUAAUGGAAGAGCAAGAAAGUAAAAUCUCGUCUUACAUCGAACAACAUGAAGAUCUCAAGUCCACGGUGAGUAGGAGCAAUGGCAAUGGUUGCACUAUGCCUGUUUGCGCCAGUACAACGAAGUCUUGAGGAAGUGCCGUACAACCAAAGUAAUUUUAGUGGUUAGGGAAUCCAAGAAACCAACCAAACUCCCUACAAUUUAUUACAUGAUGCGCGCGUAAGCGUAGAGAAACACAUAAAACUUAGUCGUGGUGGGUGUUGGUUUUACUUGUGAUUGGUUCAGAAAACUGCGGAGGCCAUUCGACCAAACUCGGAAAUGAGGAAAAUCCUUUCGGCAGUCAGUUUUAACCACAAUAGGCCAUUUAGCAGUUUUAGAUGGAAACAAGGGUAGAGUUUACCUUGUUUUCAUACAACCCUCCCUGUUUUGUAUGUAAAUUGUGAGGUUCUUUUGUUAACUAGUAUUUUUCAAGCAUAAUUUCCAUAAGAAAAGAAAAAAAUGUGUUUCAAAACAUGGUCAAUCACAACUCAACACGAAAGCUGGGGUACAAGACCCACAACUGUAAAAUGAUAUAUUGUCCUGAAAGGGUCACUGCACUCAAUACGUUACGAUGGAGUAGGUGACCACUGUCAUUAGGAGGGAGCUUAAGCAGCGACGACGGGGGCGUCAACGAGAACGGCAAAAAAACAAUAGGUUUGGAUUGACAAAACACCUUUUUGCACAUUUCUUUGCCGUCACUGCACUACUUCAACGUAAAAGUGUCGAAUUUCUCGUUUUGUGGAGGACGAGAACACAAGGCAAUGCCUCUCUUUUUCUUUUCCUGAACUUCGAUACAGCAUGUUAAAAUUCCACUCCAGAAAAAAAAUUGCCAAAUUUUGAUGAAUUGAACGAGAUGGAAUAAGCGUGAUUAAGUUUGAAACAGUGCGACUUCACUUUUGUGACGUUUUCAUAGCCGCCGCCGCCGCCGCCGUUGUUGCUUAAGCUCCCUAUUAUCGCCAUUUUUGUUUUUAGAUUCGGGAUAAAGAAAAAUCUAAUGGUCAGCUAAGGGAGGAGCUUGGUGGAGUGCUAGAGAAAAAUAAGAACAUUAUGGAAGAGGUAGUGUAUAUAUGUGUUCCAUUUAUUUCCUUCGAUGAUUAAUUUCUUUCGAACAAAAACCUGAAAUCUGUUCAUUUUUAACAUGGUAAUCCCAUGCUGAGAACACCCUUUUUAUAUCCCAGAUUGCAGCGCGAGAUGCGGACAUCCGGGUUCUUAGAACAGACUUGAAUUCGGCGCAGAAGAAAAUUAAAAACCAUUCAAAUGAGGUAACGUGCACAGAUUACUUACUUAUCGUCAAAUGACUGACAGGCCAUUUAGUUUUAGAUUCUAUCUGACUCGGACUUCAUCCUUGCCCAGGUGAAACGUUACGAGGAGACACUUCAUCAAUUUCAGAAAGAUUUAGAAAGAGCUCAGGAGAAUCACAGAAACGCCACCGUACAGGUUUGUCAAGUUUUUCUGGUUUUAUGCGAAGUGUCAUAGGGUUACCAUACUUUUUUAUGUUACGUUUGGUCAGAAAGAAUAAGGGAUAGAGGGGGCAACGCCCAGUCUAGCCCUCAGGAUAUGUGAGUUUUACCAAAACUAUUUUUAGACAAAUUAAACGCUUGAAGUAAAUCGGAAAUUGGUUUCCAGAGAGGUCCGCAAAAUUUUAUUAUGUGUUAUCAAAAGAGAAUUCAACAGUCGCCAUUACAAUAUUCUGCAUUGUUUAUUUAGAGACAGUCGUGCAUGGACUUGAUGACGUGUCAAACAAUCAAUUAAAAUUUGCGGACGUCUCCGGAAGUAUUCUUCCGUUUAAUUACAACCUCUAAAAACAACUUCCCAUAUACCGGCCAAAGCCGGAAGAUUCCCUCUCUGCCAUCCCCAUUUUUGUCUUUGGUUUGGUACGUGCUCUGCGUCCGUCUUUGUUGUCGUUGUUGUUGUUUUUUGUUUGUUUGUUUAUUUUCUGGACUCGAGUUUUUGAAGGCGGUAUAUUUUUUUCUAUUUUCGUAUGAAACCGUCUAUAUACCUGAGUGACAACCUGGGUUGAAGAUUUUAACCCAGGCAUUUAGUGGGUAUUUGAAUGUCAAUUCCUUCUCAUUUUGACUUGUUGUAAGCUAAUUCUGGCCUUUUUUUUUGGCAGAUUGGAAACCUCGAAAAGAACGUACAGAAUCUGAAAGUGCAGUUGGCCGGUGCCAAUGGAAAUCACAAAGAAGCCAUGGAUCAGGUUAUUAAUUGCCGAGUUUUUGUUUUCCUGAAGAUAAUACUAAGAUAAUGUGGUAUAGACGUUUAGCAAUUUAAGAGUAUAAAAACACUCAGAAACUUGAGCUGAAGUUCUCUUUUGUUUGUAGUGCUUUUUUGUAGUUGUUAUCAAGGUUUUGGAAGCCGUCUUGACGGGUAGGCAAAAGCGUGAGAAAUUACAGUGUUUGAAUGAGAAUCUAAUUUCGUAUAAUUUCCGUAAAACAGCUGUCCUGAGAAAAAAAUAUAUGAAUUGUAAACUAAAGCUUCACUCCUAGGGAUUCUAUUGAAAAACUUUGAGGGCAUUAGCUGCGCUAGAACCACUUUUUAAAAUUUUCAAUACAUUUGUCUGUAGUUUUUUUUCCUGCCGACUAAAAUUGCAGACAAAUAUAUGGAAAGUCUGAAGCAAGCGACUGGACAAAUUUAAGGACGGGUGCGGCCCCAAAAUUUUGUCAGUAGAAUCCUUUGCUGUGUAGCUUUAGUUUACAAUUCCUACUUUCUUCAGAGCAGUCGUUUUACGAAAAUUACUUGACAUUAAAUUCUCAUUUUCUCACGCGGUUGCCUAGCGACAAGAUGGCUUCCAAAACCGUGAUAACGUCUUUUGUUUUUGUUUUUGUUUUCUAGUCUCGGCGUUCUUGUUUUAUGCUUUUUGACUCUUCUCUCUUUGUUUCAGUUGUCUCAGCGCUCUAAAAGCCUGGCAAAUACCAAGAUGGAGUUAGCAACAACAAAACAACAGAACCAGGCUAUGGAAGAACAGGUAUGACUAUAAAGCAAUCUUAGGAGGCUCUUGAAGAGAUCGCCUUUGUAAAGCGCAAUGCCAUAUAGUUAAAGGUGGUCGGUUCCAUUUGUGUCAUUUUGAUUUCUAAACCAAUUAAGUAAUUAAAUCCAUGCUUUUUUUGCUAUUGGCUAAGUUGUAACAUUGGAUUUGAUGUUACGUCUACGCUCAGAAUCUGCCCUAAUCAGGAUGCAUAGAGAGUCAUAUAAUUAACCACUUACCUUUCUGGCAAGCAGUAACUAACAUGUACUAGCUUAAAAGUCAUUUCAACUAGCCCCCCAAAAAAUUGUGAGCAUUUAUUACAGUUCUUUGUGAAUUCCCCUAAAAACGUUACUUAGCUUGCCCGUCGGGCAAGUUGAGAACCAAAUUCACUUAGCCGACAGCAGAAUCCGCUAUUCCCAGGCUAGCGGACAGAACUUUCUUUGCACACUGUCUAAUUUUAAGCAGGCUUUAUCGUAAGACCAGUCUACAAAAUGCGUGCCUUAUUCUUCUAUUCAUCUCUCCAGCUGCACAUUAAGCAAUGUUUACUUGCUUUCCUUUUCUCCCGUUUCACAGAUUUUGGCACUGGAGGAGAAAGCCAGAAAGUUAAAGACGGAUCUUAAAAGGGCUCAGGACAAAAAUAAAUAUUCAGAAGGGGAAGUAAGUUGGAAGAAACCAAGAUAUCUAGUCUUGUUUGUUGAUAGAGAACUUAAGAUUCGAGGAGGGGAACAACUACGCGCACGAGAUUUGACCUAAAGUUUACUCGCGUAUUCUUAAAAAAUAGACACGUCGGAAAGCUUCAUUGUACUCUUCACCACUACGUGUAGAAAAGUUAGCAGCGCUAUCUUUGCUGAAGAAGGUUAAGACCUCUCCCGGUCGCAAAAUUAUGAAACCUCUAACAUUUGAUAACUUGUUUCUGCCAUCACGACGUUCUCGCUAAAACUCGUAGUAGAAUGACGCCGACUAUCACGUUUUCCCGCCAAAAUGACGCUGGUUCACCGGCGAGCACUGCUAAGCCGAGUAUUCAAUCUCGUACUCGUAGUCGUCUCGUCUGAGAAUCUAAAGGUCUCUUUGUUCGUUGACGUCAUUCACACUACUUUCCCAUCAUCCAUUCAGUAUUUGCUCGUUCAUUUUUUUUUUCGUUUCACUUUGUUACUUCUUUCAGAUUCAACAGUACUCCAGGAACAUGGACGAACUCAAAAGUCAGUUAGGCCUUUCUCAAGACAAACUUCAUAAGCAAGCUCAAGACGCAACAAGGAGAGACGAGCAGUUAGUUGUUCUUAAAGUCGAACUGGCGACUUUGCAGGAAAAACAUCGGCUUAUACAAGAAGAAGUAUUUUUCCUGUUCCAUUUCUCAAAGUCAUUAACACAGUUCACUUUCUCAGUAUAGGAUCAGUAUAAGAUUAUGGGCAACUCCCCACCUACCCGUCCCCUAAACUAAAGUCAACUGCAAUAACUUCUUACCUAAAUAAAAAAUUGGGGUUAGAGGAGGAGUAGGUGGAUGGGCGGUUUCCCAGCCACACCNUUCUCGCUAAAACUCGUAGUAGAAUGACGCCGACUAUCACGUUUUCCCGCCAAAAUGACGCUGGUUCACCGGCGAGCACUGCUAAGCCGAGUAUUCAAUCUCGUACUCGUAGUCGUCUCGUCUGAGAAUCUAAAGGUCUCUUUGUUCGUUGACGUCAUUCACACUACUUUCCCAUCAUCCAUUCAGUAUUUGCUCGUUCAUUUUUUUUUUCGUUUCACUUUGUUACUUCUUUCAGAUUCAACAGUACUCCAGGAACAUGGACGAACUCAAAAGUCAGUUAGGCCUUUCUCAAGACAAACUUCAUAAGCAAGCUCAAGACGCAACAAGGAGAGACGAGCAGUUAGUUGUUCUUAAAGUCGAACUGGCGACUUUGCAGGAAAAACAUCGGCUUAUACAAGAAGAAGUAUUUUUCCUGUUCCAUUUCUCAAAGUCAUUAACACAGUUCACUUUCUCAGUAUAGGAUCAGUAUAAGAUUAUGGGCAACUCCCCACCUACCCGUCCCCUAAACUAAAGUCAACUGCAAUAACUUCUUACCUAAAUAAAAAAUUGGGGUUAGAGGAGGAGUAGGUGGAUGGGCGGUUUCCCAGCCACACCUCCGUGGCAUUCUCUACAGUCUCUCUUUGACUCUCGAAAAGAAGACUCUGCAUGUGUUGGCUGUUUAAGUCCUAUUUUAAACGUCAUAUGCUCAAGGCUAACCUCGUACUGGCGUAGUGUCGGCGUAGAAGUGUUGAUGCACAUGCAGAGUUGUUGUUUUGCCUAUUUAAACUUUUUUUUGACGUUCCCAUUGCCGUCACCGUCGUAAACUAUAUAUAAUCUGUAGAUGUCAAUCACCGCAGUAAACGAAUAAAAAAUCUGCAAUAGCACAAAGUCUGUCUAUUGUCAGCGUAGAGCUACAUUAAAGUUGUUAUUUGCUUUUUAGAAUGAGAAACUGAAGCAAGAACUUAUCAUCUCUCGCCAACAACAUCAAAGUUGUCUUGAAGAGGUGCGUAGAAAUAGAUUUGUGUGUAAGUUUGUGUAAUACGUCUCUACCUCAUCUCCAGCGGUGUUCUCAGCAGAGCAAUAUAAAAUAAAGUAAUUGACCCACCCCAAAACAAAAUCUUACUCUCAAAAGAACUUUAGGUGCAAUCAUCUUUAGGAAUCGCCGAACCGAUUGCAAGCAGUACAGAUAUAAAAAAGAAAUAUGCUCCUAGCAGCAGCUACAAAUUUGGAGGUAUACGCCAUCCUGAAAAAAGACCCUACCGCGCGAAACAUGUCUUUUUGCACCACAUCGCAUUGAUAAAAUUUUGUGAGAGGCUGUUGCAAUGACCUCGCACCAGAAUGACAAUAAGGAGCACUUCAGAAAUCAGCUCUUGCUUCCAAAUGAGAGGAAUCGAUACUUAAUUCAACGAUGACCGCGUUGGUAAUUUUGUCUCCUUUAAUACAUGUUAGGUCCAAACUCUUCGUAUAUCUUUGGAGGACGCUCGUGCCAAUGGCGAUCGGCUGCAUCGAGAAAGUGAACUUGUUGUAGAGAACGUGAACAGCUGGGUGAAAGAGCAAAAGUGAGUAUCAUCAGCUGAUUAUUGUGAUUUCAAAGUGGGUUAUAAUGCCAUUUGCUGAUUAACACUGUUUUCAUGUCAUUUUUAGGCAGGGAAACGAAAGGCUUGCUACCAGAUUAAGGUAUGUAACUUUCAGUUGUAGGUAGGUAUAGUUGACCUAUCAAACGAUGUAUAGACCAUUUUACAGUAGAGAGCUUAGUAACCUAGUCUUCGAGUGAAUGUGAGGCUGAGGUUGGCCUUGUUUUGAUACAAACAUCCUUUGUUUUCUUAUACAAAUUAUGCUGGAAAAAUACUGGUAAGCAAAAGAACAACAUGAUUUUUAUAAGAUGGAAGCAACGGCUGUAUUUAAAACAAGGUCAACUCCAGCCUCGUUUCUAUCUAUAACUGUAAAAUGGCCUAUUGACUGAUCGACCGACUGAGUGAUUAAUUGAUUGACCGACCGCUUGGUUAAUUGACUGAUUGACUGACUGAUUGAUUGAUUGAUUGAUUGAUUGAUUGAUUGAUUGAUUGAUUGAUUGAUUGAUUGAGUGAGUGAGUGAGUGAGUGAGUGAGUGAGUGACUGAUUGGUAGAUUGAUUGAUUGAAUGGUUAAUUGAUUGAUUGAUUGAUUGAUUGAUUGAUUGAUUGAUUGAUUGAUUGAUCUUCAAACGUGAUAUGUAGAAACGUUGGGAAUAUUAUUCCAGAUACAUUUGGAUAUGCGAAACUGGCCAUUCUUACUUUUUUUUUCCAUAGAGAGCAAGAUGCGCGAAUUACAGCCCUGCAAUCAGAAAAGGAGUACGUACUUUUCGUUUUGCUUUGCUUCGAAAUUUUGAUAAACAAUGAAAUCUUAUCAAGUAUGCAACUAACUGGACGUAACGAUGCUCUAGAGAAAAACAGAACAAGGAAAGAAGAACAGGCAGCUCAGAAAUCGAAUUGUUCUUUGCUGAAACGUUUUAAUCAUUAUUUUAAAUCCUAUCAUGUUUCCUAAUUUUUGCCGCCCUAAACAUUUUUUUCCUCUUUCAAUAGUGAGCGUUUCUACGAUGAAUUUUCCUGGAUCGACUGCACCUUCCUACAAUUUCGUAUCAGGUCGCCAAAUUAUCUUCAUCAGAUUUAGUGCGGUUCGAUUGAACAAUAUUUUGUCAUAAUGCUUAAUGAGCAUUACUUUACUGUUGUAACUGCAGGAAAAACGUUCUGUAAAUGAUUAAGUCGCUUCAUACAAAGUGGUAACUGAGAAGUUUUGUUUUUCUCCAAUUGUCUAGACGUCUUGAAGAAUCAGCAGGGACUCUAAAGAAAGAAAACACAGUUAUUAAAACAGAACUAGGUAAGUAAAAAAAUUACUUAGAGUUUCGGCAACACCUAGACUCUUGUUACUUUCGUUGUUGUUUUCAUUUAGUUACUGAAAGAAAAAAAUAGAAGGGAAUCUCAGUUGACGACGUCUUUAUUUGGUUAAAUUUUUACAGAGGAACGAAGAAUGGAUAGUGAGCGACUCAAGGUAAGUUUUAACCUACUUUUUUCUCAGCAGUGUCAUAUUCUCUGUUCACUGGAGCUCCUUAAGAGCUUACUCUGCUAAAGAAUUGUGGGAUACUAUUGAGGUACUCCAUUUAAAAGUUUUCCUCCACCAAGUUACACUUCAGCUAAGGGCGCUUUCCAUUUGUCAGAAUUAGAAUUUCACUUUUUAUCAAAGCUAUCCAGCCAGAUCAGUCAAAUCCUAAAUAGUAUGCACGAAGGAAAUCGUUUUUCAUCAAGAACUCUUGGAAAAAGCGUAUAGGUGGUUUUCACGUUACGUCAUCGCCGCCAUGCUGGUGGACGGUAAACAAGAGAUCGCUCAUUAGUUCGCUUUGUUUGUCCACCAGCAUUUGUUCAUUUCACCAUUGUUAUUUGUGUCUCCCGAGAUUGCAUGAAAACCAUCUAUUUCAUUUCGAAAUGACCGGUCCGGCCAUGGUCCGGCCGGCCAGUUCUGAAUUUUGGAAAGCGUAAGUCAUGUCAAGUCAAGCGUACCCCCAUAAGGGACAGAUAUGCAAGGACAGAUAAUUAUACAGACCUAGCCUCCUACUUCUAAUAUUGCCUCUGAUGUAAUAACGCUCCAUAUAAACUUCAUUGUUGCAAAGACAAUUCAAUUUAAUAGCAUGUAGGUAUCCUAUUAUUCUUUCGGCGCGUAUGAUAUUUUGUUAAUACUCAUGAUACAUUAUCAUUAUAAUUUGCGGUUAACGGUCUUUCCGAUUAUUAUCAAUACAUAGUUGUUUUGUUUUCUGUCAAAAAGAAAUUACCGCGUGUGCUGAAAAAUCUUUUAGAACAUUUAAGUUUUAUUUGCGGCGCUAUAAAACGCAUUACAAUUCUUUGAUUUACACUCCAGUCAACUAGAAGAUAAUUAAAAUCAAAUUAUCUCAGAGAUUCUUUGAUUUUCCCAGUGAAAAAAACUGAUGAUACGUCGUUUUUCAGAUGAUAAAUAAACGAAAAGAUCAUAGAAACGUGGAAUGUAUUUGCGUCAAAAAACCCUGUUUCAAAGCUUAAAGGCUGUCCACCUGCACGCCGUAAUUUUAUGUUUGGUCAAAUUCAUUUUAACCUAAUAAACGCCUAUACAAUCUCAUUAACGCGGACUGCUUGAUUUAAACAUUAAAUAUUUAAGCAUCUCAGUUUUUGUUUCAUAACAGAUGAAUAUUGUAGCUUGUUAGUUAGAUGGAUGUGGGCAAAUUAUGCGUGACAAAUGCCGCUCGUAUUGAUUAACGGAGAGAACAUAUUCUUCUCCACAAGCGAUAACAUAGGUGCAAGGUUAUUGCUCUCGUACAUUGCUCUACACAAUUCCAGACUACGUAUUUAACGACAACGUGAAAACCUGUCAUUUUCGGAAACAUUUGUUACAUUUGUAUAUCUCAAAAGUUCGCUGGCAUCUAAAGUUUCCAAACUUUCCUCGCCAGAAAGAUUUUGAAGCAGGUGCGUUUUUGAAAAAGAAAAGAAUUCUUGAAAUUUUAAAUUCCAAGAUGUCGGAGUUUGGUGAUUCGGACUCCGUGCACAGUGGAGACAGUUCAGUUCUUCUGUGUAUCGGCACGCCUCUCCUCGGUUCCUUAACAAACUUGGACGGCUUUGGAAAGAUUCGCGGAGGGUGCACCAAUCCUGUUCAUAACUGUUCGUGCUACGUACUUUUUGAGCAUCAGCUCAGUUACGCUUGUCUCAAUUGUCAGGGGCUUUGCCCUGCGUUUUCGCAUGUAAGUUGAAAUGGCAAAUUUUUUUUUUUUUUUUUUCAUUUCUCUUCUUAACUUUCGCUAUAAACAAGAAGAAUCCCACUUCACUCUUAUCAACUCUUAAGUUGGAUUCUCGACCUGACGCCCACUCGGUGUGUGAGAAAAAAUAAUAGUCUUUUCAUUCGCUUUCGUUUUUACUUCCUGAGUCGCUAAGCUCAUGAUUUCAGGUUGUAGUAAAGCAUAAAAAAAGUUAAAAUAAUUAUAAAUGGAUAGUAUACUUGACAAUUAUUGGAUGAGGCUGAACAUCAUCUGAAGAUAUCUCGGAGGGUCUAAUUGGCCUCUGCGGAUAACACUCUCCGAGAUCUCCAUAAUUCUUUAGAUGAUACUCAGCCUCAUCCAAUAACUGUUAAUUAUACGGAUUUGCUCGUGUGAGGGAAAAAGCUGAUGCUUGCGCAGUUUAAAGAGAUUAAUCACAUUUAAUCGCUUUUUUUUACAGUCUUGAGUUUGUACUACCGCGGCUAGCUUUGUGGAAGUUGAUAAACGUAUAUAGGUUAUUUUUUACUUGUUUAAAUCCUCAGGCUUUGCAGUCGCAUUCAGCUCAGCAACAAGUGCUUCUUCAUCAACUUCGCAACCGCUUACAAGACUACGAGUGAGUUCUUUUGAUUUUAUACAUGUAAUAGUUACAUGUAGUGUCUUACCAGUUUCGAGUCUGUGUUCUGCGUUGUUUAUAUUGCUUCAUAUAUAUAUAUUUAUUUUUUUUUGCUCCCAAGUUGAUAUUUUCAAAUUAAGGCAAUGUGCAGUUGUUCAGCAUUUACACGAUGUUUUUUCCUUGUCUGCCAUUAACAAGUUUUUCUACUUACUUUCUCUCUUGCUCGCUUUAUUAGUCUUCCACUCUCGUCCACUUUCCUUGCUUGCUUAUUCGGCCAUAACCUGGUUCAUUCGCUUUAAACUUUUCAGUUUUAAUUAUUACUUAUUUAUCUAUUUACUGUACUCAUUGUUUUCUACUGAAGAAACGACCAGAACACAGAGGCAAUGAGCAAAGCACACGCAAUAGAAGAACUUCACAGCCGAUUAAAAACUAACGUGGAAAGCAUUCAACAACUCAAUCAACAGGUAAUUAUGGGCAAUAAUGCGCCUUACUCGACCAGGAAUUAACCGACCUUCACUUUGACUAUUCACGCGUUUUGGGUAUUCUUCUUGUUCUUGUUAAUUAUUUCGUUCUGCUACUAUUUUAUGGAGUUCAGAUUUGUUCACUAUUUAGUAUGCUCACGGAAAAAAGGAAGAGAAUUUUAAGUCAUCAACACUCUUGACUUUUCCCGCGUUCCCGCUUUCUCAUGCUUUUUCGUCCUUCGUUUCUACUCUCGUACAAAGAACGAGGUUUUGUAGACUGUUUGCAGACGUCUUAGCUAUUUUCUCGUAUAUAUUAUAUGAUAUCGUCGCAGUUUGCGCCGAAACUUUAAAUAGCCGAUACGCACUUACAACUUUGUUCUUCAAGGAGUCUUUUCCAGUUCAGAGUUCCUCAGAUAAGUGAAACAAAACCAUCGCAGUAGCAACCUUCUUUUAACGCUAUUUUCCCACACGUCAUGAUUUCUUUCCAUUUUGACAGCUUAACACUUUGAAUAAAGAAAAUCUCCGACAAAGACACAUAAUCGAUAGAGAAGCAUCAGCGAGAAAGGUUAGUGUACAACUUCGAUGUGCUAAUCGACUGUUUAGCUUGUAUGUUUGUGUUCCCAACUAACUUCUUACCCUAAACUUCUAGGAUUUUCCGUUAAUAAUUCCAUGAAAGAAAAUAUUUUCUUUUUUCCUUUUUUCCAUUAGAGUCUUCAACUUCAGUUGGAGACACGUGAUCAAACGAUCAUGUCGCUUAAAUCUCAGUUGGAGUCUUAUAAGUUUGCUGACUUACCUCACCGAGAUACAGACAACAUAGUAAGUGGCAUGUCACAUCACUUCUCUUACUUUUUAUUGCACGUGCUACUCACGUGUACAAUGUUGUCUCCACAUAGUACUAGCGAAAACUAGUGCCAGUCGCUGUCUGUUGUGUCACUACCGUGUAUUUCCGGAUGUCCAAGACUGUUUACCGUGUAGAGGGAAAAACCGGUUGGUUCGCGGUUUCAGUCAAUGGUAAACAAAAUUCAGGACUGUUUCAUUUCAUCCCGGAAUCGCGCUUACCAUUUCUACAAAUCAGUUCUAUUUACUGCGAAAAGGCCGCGAAAGCCUGAGACUGGUAUCAAAGAUAGCUUGUGAGAAAUGGAACACGAAUAUCCGUUUGGAACAUUCCUUCCGGAAAAACAGGAAUGAAUGAUGAAUGAAUGAAUGACCGAAAAAAUGACUCAAAAGUUCGUGUUCCAUAUACCUUCCAGCCGGAUUUUCCGGAAAGACUUUUUGUAAAUGGUAAACAACCAAUAUCUUCGGUAACGAUCGGGUUCAAUUUCGAUAAACUUUCAAGGCUCCUGAGAUUGCUGGUAGCCUUGUUCAGUAGAGCAGCUUUUCAGGAGGUAUCGUCGCUUCAAAUGAUCACACCUUAGUUUUAAACAGUGACUCUCCCAGCAGUGGUCGGUACGUGUCACAGUGACAUCAGCCUUGCUACACAUGUUUUCUCGCCUUGGUAAUAUUAUGCGUUUUUGUCGAGCAUAAAAUGACAGGUCUCAAAAAUAGCUUACAUUAUAGCGCGGAGAAAGGAGAAAUGGCCACUCAAUCAAUGUCAAAGUCGGCCAUUUUUAUAGUUGUGUGCUCAGUGACCUGGCCUUUAAAUUGACUCGAGGCUGAAGGGGCCUUGUUUUGUUACAAUCCUUCCUCAGUGUUUAUCACAUAUAAAUGAUCGUGUCAGAGGCUUGUUAGCAUGAGAAUAACACGAUUUGCAUAUGAAAAGCUGGCAGUUUUGUAACAAAACAAGGUCAUCCCGGGCCUCACUUCUAUACAAAGGCCAUGGCACUGAACACUCAACAGCUCUUCGAGGGGCAGCUGCAGCUUUUCAACUGUAAGGCAUGUUUUUUGUCCUCAGAUGGAUGUCUAUGGACUGAAUGACUCAGCGUACUCUUCACUAGACAAAGGAUUGUAAGUAAGAAUUAAAUGAUUUAAUUUUACCACUGUUACUUUCCUCGACUCACGGCUUUUUGUUUCUUUUUCUCAGGCAAAAGUCUGCUCAAAAGGAUAAGGUAAUGUCUAUUUAGUUUUCUUGUUUUGCUUGCUUUGUUGGACGCCACUACAGCUUCUGAAUCAGAAAACGUAUUAUUGCAUUUAGAGUUCGAUAUGCCUAUUUGGUAGCUGUAUCAUUGUGUGGGCUUGUCCGGCAGCAAUAACUCAGGUGUAACCAUAUCACUUGCAGAUUUCUGACUGAAAUCACUAUAAUCCUUGACUUAAACGGCCAUUCAAAUACAGGACUGAACGUUCCCGUAAUAGUUUUUUCGCUAGUGCAACAGAAAUUGCUAAAUAAAUUGUAAUUGUUAGGAUAAUAGCUUAAUGGAAAUAGGUUGUAGUUUAGAAAGGUCUUGUAAUUCUCGCAAUUUUUGUAAAUUUGGAAAUUUUUUAAUGAUUGUAUGCUUCUUGCGUAUAAUCUUAUGUUUUAUUUACUUUUGUAAGCAAAUAGUAAUUCGGUUUUUCGGUAGAAUAUGCUUAAUAACGUAUAUUGUCUUACUGUUUGUUUGUUUGUUUUUUCCAUCUUAUUUAUGAAGGUGAGGUCCAUAAUGAGGAAGGAAAUGGAUAAAGCUGGCGUUAAGGACCCUCAGGUUCUGGACAAGUCCUACUGGAUACAACGUGUCGGUGAGGUAUGCUGUGUCACCGAGCAAGCCCUCCCCCUACCGUAACUUAAAAAAAGCCUUCAAGGGUGGGGAAAAUAAGCUCUCGUCUACUUGAGACUUGAAAGACUUGAUUUUGAAUUUUAAGUAUCUGUUAAUAGAUGGACGCGACGUUUUUGUUCGCAUUUGCAAGCUCGAGUCAUUUCGUACCAGCCAUGACUGGUCAUACGUUUACCGCACGGACAUCGCCUUUCUUCGUAAGUCAUAUUUUAUCAGAUAACCACAAAUGUUGAAGCCAGUCAGUGAACUCUCCUUCCGCGUUUUAAUGCAGCUUAAUAAAUUGACUCGAUGCUGCCCUACCGCGAGACAAUUUCUACGGGUGAGGGGUAGUACCGUAUUUCGAGUAGGCGCUAUGUGGGGUGGCCUUUCAUUGUUUCAGGGACCAAUCUCCGGACGAAGGCCUCGAUUCCGCUUUGAAUUUUUUACUUCGUUUGUUUAUUAAACAGAGCAAGCAGCAUUGACCACUAAUAAUACAGUGUUUGUUAUAUUCUCAUUUUCUUUAGCUUUCGAUUCAGCUUCAACAGAGUAGCGAGUACUGGGCGCAGAAAGUACGAGAUUUAACUACACAGAUGGAUAAUCAACAAACAUGAAAAACAAUUUGGUAAAGCCUCUAUAGGAACAUUUUAUAAUUUAUAUACUAGGGAGUCAUUAGCGGAUUAAAUAUCGCAUGAUGUAUCUCUCUUUCUUCGCCUUGGAACUUAUAACCCAUAUAAUAAGAGAUGAACGGUUUAGCUGAAAAAAAAUGGUCUUUUUAGGAUUGUUAUUUUAUUCUUCGCCACAGCUAGUAAUAUUAGGAAAUGAAUAUGACAAUAUAUUUAGUGAGAGUGUCAAUUUAUCUGUAUACGACUGAUUCUCCCUUGCUUUUUUUAUAGGCUAUUUCCGAGUUUCACCAAGCCUCUAUUUCAAAGCCAGGCUAAGUACGAAGCUAUUGAUAUGAAAAUAUCUUUUUAUUUUCAUGCAAAUAAAACUCAUUUUCACAAGAAUGGUUUUGCACCUAUUGUAGCUUCGUGUUGAAAGUCAGAGUUUUUGGAACUCGGAAAUGGCCUAUUCGAAUACUUACAGUGAGCUAUAACCCUUUCAAAAUUUUCUUUUAUUUUAUUUUUAUGUAACCAAUAAGGCAACAAGUCGCGAUCGGUUGUCUCUUCACAGCCAAAUUUUAUUUUACAGUGAGAAAAUUAUAUAUUUUAUCCUUAUGUUUUAAGAGGAUUUUUAAGUUUCUUGUGAAGAGAAUGCAAAUCUUUAUUUACU